CAGCUCCUCAGACACGCAGGGCCCGCCGGGAAACGAAGCCUUCCCUCCCUCGCGCGCGGGGCCCGCCGGGAAACGUAGUUCUCCGCCUCAGGCGCAGUCUCCGCCUCUGGGCUUCGAGGCCUCAGCCUUCUGGCUUCUCCGGCGUUUUAUUUUUCUAUUUUGUUCGGAAGUUUUUAACCCUCGCGGCGCCGGCGGCGCCUCUCCUUGUCGCUUGGGCCGCGGGGGCGACGGAGGCCUAGCCGCUUGGAUCCGGAGGCCGACUCGCGAGGAGGACGGCGGAGAGGAGGCCCCGCGGCAGGUAGGCGGGCGGGCGGGCGGGAAAAUUCACCUCAGGAAGGCAGCCCUCCCCGCCCCGCUCUUCGUGGGGUGGUUUUUUGGGGGGCGCGCUCCCCAACUCCUGGAAAGGGAACGAGCCUCUCCGGUACUUUCCUUCCCCGUGUGUAAAAUUGAAAUUUAAAAGGGAAAAAAAAAUCCUCUCAGGGAGCCGCGAGGGGGGGAGGGGCAGGCUCGUUUCGCGCCGUUUCAUUUACCUCACGAAAGUAGAAGAAAAGGGACGACCUCAAAGCGAGAGAACAAGGGGAAAAAACAAGCAAACCCUCCAAGUGUCACAACCGAUUUAAGAAAAGUUAACGUAAAACCGGUUUUGGUUUUGUUUUUCAUUUCAUUUUAAAACUCGUUAAGAUCUGGACAGGGUCGUCCGAAGGGGUUAGAAAAAGAUGAAAUGUUUUCAGAAGGCGCCCAAAAGCGGGAGGGCGAACGAGGCACUUCUCUCCUCCCCCCCGUGUCAAGUGGCGGGUAGUUCCGCGUCCUCCGCCUGCCUUCUCAAGAAGCCUGGGGAAAGUGAGCAGCCCCGAGUUCGCCUUGAGGAGGAGGAGGAGGAGGAGGGCGAGGAAGGCCCUCUCCCAACUGGCCUCUUAGUAAAAAUCUUUUAAUGGUUUCUUUCACUUGCCUCCCACCUGUGGAUACCAGGCAAGUUGCGAAAUAACAAACCGGCGAUUCCGUGUUUUCUCUGUUUAUUGCAAUUAUAUUUCCCACAACGACCCUGCAAGGUAGCUGAGGCCGAGAGAGGCAGUGAGUGGCUCCCAAGGUCACACCUAGUGAGCUCCAUAGCCAAGUGGGAUUUGAACCCGGGUCUCUCCCAGGUCCUGGCUAUGAAAUUCACAAGAAGAGUGGGGAUUUGGACCUGGGGUCCUAAUCCGGCAGCCGUACCGCUUUGCCACACCAGCUAGGAGUUGCUAUAUUGCUGCUUCUCCUCUUUAGAUCUGUUUUGAGGUUUAUUUCUCUUUUCUUCAGUACGUAUUUCUUCCUCCCUCCAUGAGCCUUGGCUUGAGCUUACUUCCAUUUGGCACUCUGGACAGCCCUGCAAAGUAGGUUGAGCUGAGAGAAGGAUAAACACAGACACACGGGCUGACCCAAAACUGGCCAAGUGGCAAAUGGCCUUAAUCUGAGGCUCUUAACUUCUGCAGCUACUUUGUUUUGUAAAAAGAAAAGUAAGCAUUUAUGUUUCUGUCUUAAAAAUGUAGAAGACAUUUCCUUCCCACCCCCACCCCCUUGCAAGUCACAAGCGUUGGUGAAAAGUUUUAAAAGAUGAACUCAGCCAGAAAACAAAUACUUGCUUAUCCAAUGGUGCUCCCUCUGCCCAAUUCACAGCAGAAGAGCCACACUUUUUACAAUGUAGCAUUUCAGAUGAAUUGGAUAUUUUGGUGGCACUUCUGUCUGGGGAGUUCCUACCUUGAGAGAUGCUACCUACCACGGUAUCUUGCACUUAAUAAUACUAGUAACUAUAGCAGUUCAUAUUCAAUGUUUAUAAAAGCUCUGUAUAUGGAAAGAUCCGCUUUGCUAGCCCUUUGCAUAUACUGUAGUUAUCCUCUACAGCCCCACCGAAGAUGUAAAGGUAACUUCCCCAGGUUUGUGUGGUGGUUUGCAUCCUGAAUUGAAGAUCACCCGCUCUGAGAUCCCACAGCUAAUUCUCCCCUGGCCUCCUCGCUGGCCCAAGUAGGACCAAUUCAGCCAGCUAGCCCUGGGGAUUACCUAAUGCUUAUUUCCGCUAAAUUGAUUUUUGAAUUUUAUUCUUAUUCAUGCUUUUAUACUGUAUUUUAUGCUGCUUUUAUAAUUAAGUGUUUUAAAUUUGUUGUUAGCCGCCCUGAGCCCGGUUUUUGAACCAGGAAGGGUGGGGUAUAAAUACAAAUUUAUUAUUAUGAUGAUGAAUUGGAACCGGCAUGUCUGUCCCCCGUCUGGUGUCGUGGUCAGAAUACUGACUCAGCAACCCAAGGCUCAGAUCUCCCCCUAAGCCAUGGAACCGGUUGCUCGCAGCCCAGCACAGAGCGGUGUGGAUAGAAAAGAGAAACACACACUGCUCAGCUCCUUGGAGGAAGAGCGGGAAACCAGUGGUAACUUUUUAAAAGUGCCCCACCAGGAUCUGUGUGAGGGAGAUGGCUGGGUGUGGUUGGUUAAAUUAUUUUUAGUUCUGCUUAGCAAGGGGAGGGAGGAGCCUUUUGGAUGAAGUCCAAAUCAAGUACAGUGGGGUGGGUUAUCAGGUUUGAUGUAUGGCAAGUGGCAGCUAUUGAUAGGGCCUUUUCUGUGGGGGUGUCCAGAGAAGUCUGCCCAGGUGUUAAAGUGUUAUUUUUUUGCAAUACUUCACUGAACAAUAACAGUGAUACUUGUCACUCCUGUGGAAUUGUAUUUUUUGCGCUGUGUUUAGUCUUUUCUCCUUUUGCCCUGUGUUUGUAUUUUAUGGCUGCCUUGUCAGUGUUGUUAAAUUGAAAGGUGGUUUGCAAAUAAUGAGUCAGCUCAGCUAUUCACCAUCUCUUUGUGGUGGGAAAACAAGUACAGCAUUUCUAAGAGUUUUGUCACUAUGCAGUUUCAAUUAGUUGCCUAUGAUUAGGUUGUUUUAAUUGUAUUUUAAUUACCAAGUACAGACUUGAAAAACUAGUUACUGAUAGCUUAUUUGUUUAGUCGUGUCCGACUCUUCGGACACGACUUAACGACUUAUUAUGAAUAGCUUAUUAUGGAUUGUUAUAUGCAGGGAAAAGCCGGGAUAUAAAUAAAAUAAUAGUAACAACAACAACAUCCUGGCCAGCAACUGUUUUCAGUAUAUGUAUGGUGAAAACUUAAAAACGUAAUCUCAGAGCCUUUGUCUAUAAUUUUUGAGAAUUCUCUGAGAACAGGUGAGGUCCCAGGCAGACUGGAGGCAAGGAAAUGUCCCCAUCUUCAAAAAGGGGAAAUAAGAAGACCCAGGUAACUACUGACCAGGUAACAUGAGUCAGUGAGCUUGACAUCUAUACUCAGAAAGGUCCUAGAACAGAUAAUUCAACAGUCGGUCGGUGAGCACUUAGAAAAGGAUGCUGUGAUUACUAAGACCCAGCAUGAGUUUCUCAAAAACAAAUCAUGCCAGACAAAUCUCAUUUCUUUUUUUGAAAAAGUUACAAGCUUGGAAAAUCAGGAAAAUGCUGUGGACAUAGUGUAUCUUGAUUUCAGUAAGACUUUUGACAAAGCUCCCUAUGAUAUUCUUGCGAGAAAGCUGGUAAAAUGUGGCUUGAACAAGGUAACUGUUAGAUGAAUUUGUAGCUGGUUGACUGACUGAACCCAAAGAUUGCUCAGUAAUGGUUCCUCAUCAUCCUGGAAAAAAGUGACAAGUGGGGUGCCACAGGAUUCUGACCUGAGUGUAUUAUUGUUCAACAUCUUCUUAAAUGUCUUGGAUGAAGGAAUUGAGGGGAUGCUCAUCAAAUUUGCAGAACUGAACUGGGAGGGGUAGCUAAUGCUGUAGAAGAUGGAAUUCAAAAUUACCAUAACAAGAUUAUAAAACUGGGCCCAAACUAACCAGAUACUUUACAGUUUCACAGCACGCUCACUCCAUGUCCCUGGUUGCAUUGCAUAGGAAAGGUAGUGCUAAAGUGGGGGGGGGGGGUUGCAACCAUCUUUCUGUGGGGGGCUGCAUUCUCUCAAGGGUAAUCUAUGAGAAGAGGUAGAGGGAGGGCCGCUUUCACUCCCCUCCCAUCUCUUUAUGCAUUUUAGCUGGAUACAAGGGUAUGAGGAUUGCGCUGUACUUUUGGGAAGAAAUUUGAAUGGGGAGAGGUGGCCCUCCAUACUUCUUCCAAGAGGGAGUUCCAAACAUGUUUUUGUACAAUGUUGUAGCUUUAUAGUCAUAUGAUAUGAGGGUCACCUUAUGAGGUCUAACCCCAAAAUGUAUAUACAAAUAAUAAAACUAGGGGCAGAAAGGGAGAAGUCAUGAAGGACAAGAUAGAUAGUCAAGCCUAAGAAAGUCCAGAACCUCAAAGAGGUGGGUGUGGAAAAGAAUGGAAAGGAAAAGAGGAGAGGCUCAAGAGUGAGCAACAAUUGUUCCAGACUAGAUGUGUGCAAAAGCACUAGAAUCUAUGUAGUAAUUAUGAGAUAAACUAAACACAUAUACAAUGUGCAACUAAAUCUAAACAGUUUGGGAAACUGGUGAGGGUUGUUUGAUGAGCCAACCAGCUAAUUCAUGCUUCCAAAUUCCAAGAUAAUAAGAUGAAUCUCAAAACUUCCUGGAAAAAGACCAGCUGCAAACAGGCUUGUGUAUACCUGCCCAAUAAUCCACUUUGUGCAGAACCUAACUUUAAAUAAGCCCUGCAAACAGUCAACUCUUGCAUUAUACAAAUGCAAGACAUAGCAAUACUUUAAAAUGGUGGGUACAGAGAAAUAAUGAAAACUGAUAGCAGAAGCAGCAGUCCUUUCUAUUGUUUGAUCCUGCUGAAAUCUUCCCCAAAAGCUAUCUGUACCCCUCAGAAGGGUGGCUAGAACAGCAAGCAGUAACUGGCCAUGCUCUAAAAACCCUGUUUCAGUUUUAAGACUAACAUUUGGAAUACUGUGUCCUGUUCUGGGCACCACAAUUUAAGAAGGAUGUUGACAAGCUGGAACGUGACAACUCUUUAGAUAUUUGAAGAUAGUUAUCGUGUCUCCUUUCAGUUUCCUCUUCUCCAGGCUAAACAUACCCAGCUCCUUCAACAGUUCCUCAUAAGGCUUAGUCUCCAGACCCUUGAUCAUCUUGGUUGCCCUCCUCUGCACACGUUGUAGCUUAUCAACAGUGUGUUGUGUGUUGUCCAGAACUGUACACAGUAUUCCAGGUUUGGCCAAAUAGAGUGGUAUUAUUGCUUUCCUUGAUCUGGAUACUAUAUAUCUGUUGAUGCAGGCUAGAAUAGCCUUAGCUUUUUUGCUGCUGCAUCACACUGUUGGCUUGGGUUAACCCCUAGAUCCUUUCCGCAUGUACUACUGGCAAGGCAGGUGUCCACCAUCUUAUAUUUGUGCAGCUGGUUCUUCCUGCUUAAGUGCAGAACCUUACAUUUGUCCCUACUGAAAUUCACUUGAUUAGUUUGGACCCAGUUCUCCAAGCUGUUAAGGUCUUAUUGAAUCCUGAUUCUGUCUUCUGUGGCAUUAGCUGCCCCUCCCAGUAUGGUGGCAUUUGCAAAUUUGAUGAACAUCCCCUCAAUUCCAUCAUCCUAGUUGUUUAUAAAGACAUUGAACAACAACUCUGCGGCAAUCCACUUACUAUCUUUUUCAGGAUGACGAGGACCCAUUAGUGAGCACUCUUUGCGUUCAGUCAUUCAGCCAGCUACAAAUCCACCUAACAGGAAAGCAGUAAAUAGCAAUAAAGAGGUGGAGAGAUACGGUAGCAGAAAGGAGAAGGUCAUUGUUGUUCACUGAAGUGAUCUCAGAAGUGGGUUAGUAGAAUCCAGAUGUUGAAGCCUUUUUGAAGCCAAGGGGCUAGCUAGAGAGACGAUGGCUGCUUCCAGGAGAGGAAGGUUGCCUGGAAAAUGUUCUAAACUGGAAGUAUUGCUGUUUGAACUCUGCCUCAAAAAGCAGAGGAGUAAACGAAGGAGCACUUGUGUUGUUUUGUUUGUUGUAAAUGCCAGGCGUGGGGGAGGGUGGUUGCUCAAUCCAGAGCUGGAAAAAUUCCAAGACCAGGAAAAUUCUGUGUUGAUGCCUAAGAACUUUUGGCACUUUUUCCAUCCUUGACAGAGCAAACUCCAGAAACAUUCUAUUCCGCCUGCCACUUGAGAAUGGGAUGUCAUCCCUGCCCCUCCCCUGGCUGAACACAAAUUUGAGUGUGUGGAGGGGGAUUUGAUGUGCUGUGGAAGGUGGAAGUUGAGGUACUCAGAAAAAGGGGUUUACUUCUAAGCAUGAUGACCUCAGUGGUUCCAAACAUUUAGCUCGUUGCCAGCGUUCUUCAUUCUCAUAGUAUACCCAUUGAAAUUAAUGGAUGUGACUUAUUCUACUUAACAGGGACUUCCUGAAUAGACAUGGUGAGGCUUGCACUGUAACCAUUCAUUUCAUUGGGUCUCCUCCAACAAAAAAAAAACUAGUGUUGGAUGCGGCUCCAUUGUCUCAAUUCUUGUUUGUUUGUUUGUUUUUUGUAUCAUGCUUUAUGAUCCAUGGGUGGUGUGAUUACUUUUUUAGGUUACGUUUUAUAGCCUACCCAGUGCCAGAGGGCUUAAUUAACUCAGGUAAAUCUGAUUGUAAUGCCUUAAAUCAAAAGCAAAUGAAAACCUUCCAUCUCAGCAUAGUUUUAUUAAAAAAAAUAUCAAUCAGUCUCAUCAAGCGUGACCUUUAUAGUGAGGACUCUUUGAUUUCAUCAUUCCAACUGCUUGCUUCAGAAAUGCAGUGCAAAUUUAAAUCAUAUGGCAUGCCAUUCUUCCAUCUAAGAGUUCAUCUUGAGAACAUGAAGGCUGCUGCUAUCAUGAUUAAAUAUUGCCACAUUCCUGAGUGGGAUGUGGCCUUGGAGAAUCUCAAGUCAGAAAUGAGGUCACCCAGUGCCAGAAUACAGGAGCAGCAUUUGUCAUCUCAGAGCAUCGGUACAAUGCUUGAGCUUUUAGGAGCACUGAAUAUGUGACAUUAUUCCUACACAGAAAGAGUUAACUGUACUGUCCAAAGUGUUGUGGUAGCCACUUUCCCAACUUUUGCCCUGCCCUUUGGCAGCUAAGGUGUAUGUUUUAAAGACCCACUCAAUUUUUUUAUUGCAAAUUGAUUUUAAUGUUGCCAUGGGACCUUAUGGUGAAAGUCAAGUAAUAAAUCUAAAUCAUCGUUAUCUUCUACCCUGGGGCUCCCUGAAGAGUUGGUUGCCGAGCUGAAGGUAAAUGAGGAGAAGCCCAGGUCAGGGGAAGAACACCGGCAGGUCCUUUGGAUAUCACAAAUGGCCUGAGAACAUUUUGCUGUUACAUUGUUUUGUGUUUUGUUUUAUUCUUUUGUUUCCAUAUUUUAAAUUCUAAGCUGACUGAAAAGCAGUACAGGCAACCCCCAGUUUCUGCAGGGGUUAUUUUCUGUGUCAUUGUGCCCAAUGGUGGAGUGCACAUAAGUCCAUUCCACCCCCUUUUCCGGCCACUCACAGGUUGCCACAAUGAGUGUGUGCAUGGUUGUGCAUUGAUUGCACCCAUGUAAAUCGGUUGUCGCCUGUAUAUGGUGGUCAGUGGGGGUUUGCACUUGUACCAGUCAGACUACUCUGAGAACUGUAGGAAGUGGUGUCGUCAAAGUCUGGAAUGUUAACAGGUAAAUCAAGUUAAACUGGGUGUGUGAUGAGAGUCUUUGUGGCAAGCUGACCAGGGCAGACUCCUCAGUGCCUUAUGUAAUUAUUUAGUGCAUGCAUGCCACAAAGACUCAUGGGGCUUCUGAGUUGUGGGUCUGAGUUAAGAUACAUUGGCCUCUGCCCGUAAGACACUGGGUGAAACUGCCCCAGCUUUCACCUCAAGAGCUGAGGAGGUUUCACCCAGGCGUUUGCAGGCUCGGACAAUGCAGCUUGUUUGUGCCGCUCAGCUGGGGAUCGGGAAGGUUCCCCCUUCCCAGCUGAGACAGCCCCAGUGCUCUCACCGCUCACGUAUGAGUGGAUGGAGCAUCGGGGCUCCUUUAACUGCUCGCUGCGGGGAGUGGCAACCGCGCUUCCCUCAACUAAGCAGUUUCACGGAGCACCCACUUUGCUGCCAGCUUGUGGGAGCUGGAGCUGGGUUGGGGGCUCCUAUAACAGCUCAACUGAGGCAAGGACAGCUGCACAUUCCUUACUCAAGCAGUUUAAAGACGCAGAGGGAGGAACAAGCUGUAUUGGCACCUUGCCAAAACAGCUUGUUUCUCCCUCUGUGUCGUAUGAAGGCAGAGUGGAAUGGCGAUUUUCAUUCAGCAGUAUAUCCUUGGUGAAACUGCCACCUCUCCAGAGUCCCUCUGCUAGCAGCGCCCACUGGAGGAAGGAACUCUUCACUCCCCCCAGUGGACGCUGCUAGUGGAGGGACUCAGGAGCGGCAGCGAUACACUGCUGAAUGAAGCCAACAUUGCGGUCUGCUCCUCAUACCGUUCCUGGGCGAUAUAUAGAUAUUUUGGCAGGCCUAGUCUGAGCAUUGGACAGACCACCUUUAAAGGGAGGGGGGCAGUUGCUUGGAUUGACCUGAGCAGAAACAAGACUGGUGUGUUUGCAAGGGGAGCAGCCUUCAGCAUUUGUCCCAGGCACUUUGUACCUGCAUUAGCCUGGCUUGCUAUUCAAGUUGGAUAGGGGUACAGCCAGUGCAGCUGAUGUUGCACUGAAAAACUCUGUGCAUUUGAGUGGCUAGGCUUACAGUUUCACCUGUAAUUCAGCAGCUGCUGUUUGUUUGUGAAAGACUGAAAGUAUGACAUUGAGUGGGGUGGGGGGAACGCAAUCAGAAAGAUGGACACUGCUCCCUUUUACUCCCUGAAUGUUCUUCUUGGCACUACUUUUGAUGUAAUGUUGGUCUUCAGAAAAUAGAUGAAAAUAGAUGAAAAUAAAACCUACCUCCUUUAUACCUGUUCUUUAUCGGAUUAGCUCAGAAUUUUGACCCUGUCUCCUUCCUGUUCCCCUCAUGGGUGUAGCAAGGAGGGGCAGCUGCCCCCCCAUAAGUAAAAAUCAAUACAAAACUGAGGUUCUUCCCCCCCCUAACAAAAGUGUGCCCCCUAACAACAAUCCUGGCAAGACCCAUGCCCCUCCUCCUACCAGCAGAAAGGUAGCUAUUUAAAUGUGUGUGUGUUUUUGUAAAUAGAACAUGUUUUAUUUAUAAUUUAUACAAAAUACAAUUACAUAAAAUGAUAGGAACAUAAUGAAAUAUUGUUGAAGCAAAAAAACCAAACAAACAAAAAAACAGAAUCAUGGAGCUGGAAGGGACCCCAAUGGUCAUCUUUCAAAUGCAACCCCCUGAAAUGUAGGAAAAUCAGCUAAAGCAUCCAUGACAGAGACCUGCUUAGAGACCUCCAAGGGAGGAGAGUCCAGUACCUCCAGAGGGAGAUCCAUCUUCCAUGUGUAAUAAAAAGUAAGCAACACUUAUUGAACCGCAGUUAUUUGACACAGAGGGGGAAACCUACGGAUACAGUCCAAAAGGUGCACAGGGAGAAUUUUAAAAAGCAAGUGGUCCUCACUGACGGUGCAAAAAGAUAUUGUCAUCUGGAGGAGCCCUGGUUGCCUACAUAAAACACUAUAGCUCCCCUGCCCUGUUGUUGUUCUUUAGUUGUGUCCGAAUCUUUGUGACCCCAUGGACCAGAGCACACCAGGCACUCCUGUCUUCAACUGCCUCCCACAGUUUGGUCAAACUCAUGUUCGUAGCUUCAAGAACACUGUCCAACCAUCUCGUCCUCUGUCAUCCCCUUCUCCUUGUGCCCUCCAUCUUUCCUAACAUCAGGGUCUUUUCCAGGGAGUCUUCUCUUCUCAUGAGGUGGCCAAAGUAUUGGAGCCUCAGCUUCAGGAUCUGUCCUUCCAGUGAGCAUUCAGGGCUGAUUUCUUUAAGAAUGGAGAGGUUUGAUCUUCUUGCAGUCCAUGGGACUCUCAAGAGUCUCCUCCAGCACCAGAAUUCAAAAGCAUCAAUUCUUCGGCAAUCAGCCUUCUUUAUGGUCCAGCUCUCACUUCCAUACAUCACUACUGGGAAAACCAUACCUUUAACUAUACGGACCUUUGUCAGCAAGGUGAUGUCUCUGCUUUUUAAGAUUCUGUUUAGGUUUGUCAUCACUUUUCUCCCAAGAAGCAGGCUUCUUUUAAUUUCAUGACUGCUGUAAUCAUCUGCAGUGAUCGUGGAAUCCAAGAAAGUAAAAUUUCUCACUGCCUCCAUUUCUUCCCCUUCUAUUUGCCAGGAGGUGAUGGGCCCAGUGGCCAUGAUCUUCGUUUUUUUGAUGUUGAGCUUCAGACCAUAUUUUGCGCUCUCCUCUUUCACCCUCAUUAAGAGGUUCUUUAAUUCCUCCUCACUUUCUGCCAUCAAAGUUGUGUCAUCUGCAUAUCUGAGGUUGUUGAUAUUUCUUCCAGCAAUCUUCCAGCUUGGGAUUCAUCCAGUCCAGCCUUUCGCAUGAUGAAAUAUAAGUUAAAUAAGCAGGGAGACAAUAUACAGCCUUGUCUAGGCUUCCUCAACCUUGGCUCUCCAGAUGUUUUUGGCCUACAACUCCCAUGAUCCCUAGCUAGCAGGACCAGUGGUCAGGGAUGAUGGGAAUUGUAAUCUCAAAAAAUCUGAAGGCCCGAGGUUGAGGAAGCCUGACCUUGUUGUACUCCUUUCCCAAUUUUGAACCAAUUAGUUGUUCCAUAUCCAGUUCUAACUGCAGCUUUUUGUCCCACUUAGAGAUUUCUCAGGAGACAGAUGAGGUGAUCAGGCACUCCCAUUUCUUUAAGGACUUGCCAUAGUUUGCUGUGGUCGACACAGUCAAAGGCUUUUGCACAGUCAAUGAAGCAGAAGUAAAUGUUUUUCUGGAACUCUCUAGCUUUCUCUAUAAUCCAGCACAUGUUUGCAAUUUGGUCUCUGGUUCCUCUGCCCCUUUGAAAUCCAGCUUGCACUUCUGGGAGUAAGACCCACUCAACUCAGUGUGACUUUCUUCUGAAUAGACAGUUAUUUACUAGCAGCACCAGACAACCACACUCGACUAGGCGCUAGAGUGGAUUUCACCCCAUGUCUUGCAAUGCCAGGCCGAUGCUGCCUUCAGAUCCUGCACCCCUCGGCAACAUCCGAAGGCCCUGAUCCACUAGGCGCUGAGGUGGAUUGCAUCCUGCGCCUUGCAGAGUCAGGCCCAGGCUGCCACUGGGCCCAGCACUGGCAGCAGCAACAAGCAGCUGUGGCUCUCCUAGCCCAACCCAUUGCCACCCCACCAUUGCACUUACCGGACAUGGGGGUCCUAGAUUGUGGGCUCUACUGGUCAAACCAGGAGCCUCAGUGAUCGCCCUUUUCCUCCAGAAACUGCUCCAAGAAAUCGCCUGGCUGCGCCCUUACCAGCUUGUGAUUGGCCAAGCGGAUAGCCAGCCAAUCAGGAUUUUUUGUUAAAAAAAUGUUUUCUCCCUUCACUUCUUCUGUGGCCCCCUAGCCACAUUUACGUAUUUUUCACCUGUGUCCCCCUUGGAAUAUCCUGCCCCCCCAGGGGGCCAUAUGGCCCCUGGUUGGGAAACACUGAUAUACAUUAUGUUCUCCCAUCUUUGUUGUCAUAGCAAACUUGAGGCACAGGUUAGUUAUACUGAGAUAGUAAUUGACCAAACUUACCUACUGAGCUUCAUAACUGUGUGGGGAUUUAAAUCUCACUGUCCUUGGUCCAAGGCCAGUCCUCUGCCUACCAUAUGACACUGGCUGUCUUCAAACUGGCACUCAUAUUUGUUUAGCCUUGAGCAGGAAACAUUUGCACUGGCCCUGAGCAUUUCUUUUUUUAAAUAAUAAGACUUUUUAUGCUUUUCUCUAAGGAGCUCAUAGUGGUAUACUACAACAUUCUGUUCUUCCAGUCUCUCCAUAAAAGGCUAUUAACAUGUCUUCAUUCAUUCCAGGGUAUAUUAUCAUGUCAGGGUCAUCGUAUCUCUAUGCUAAGAUGAACGAAACACAUUGCUCUCCUCAAAUACUUCUGGCCUAUGAAUGCCACAAGGUGGGAAGGAACAAUGUGAGGUUGAAAUGGAGCCCCCUCCUCAGCUCGAAUGGCUUGUACAGAAGGAUUCCCUCCGACAUCUUUGGUCACGAAACCAAACUGCAGAUAGUUUUUCCAAAGAGAAGGGGGUGGGAUUUCUGGUUGUGCAACAGACAAGUUAAGCCAGAAAAUUGGUUCCCUUUGCCUGCUGAUGGGGCCCCUUCUAAGGAGGCCCAACUCAAUCGUUGCUGGCUGACAGUAACUAAAGAAGUUUGCAAAACCUUGAGCUGUAACCUGUAAGUCUUACUUUGUCAAGUAGAUUGUGGAUUGCUUGAUAGGAUCCUGCUUUUUCUGUUAAACUAAAUUUUUGGUUUCUCACAUUUCCAAACUCCUUUUCAGAGAGAGACAUUUGUAGUAUUUCAGUGUUGUUAUUUCUUAGUGCUGCUUCAUUUAGCUGCCAACCUCAGUGUUGUUAAAGAAAAAAUUAUGGGAGUACGGGCUUUACACCACUUCCCCCAGGGUUCCCUCCGGUCAGCAAAAGGAGGAGACUGCAGCCAAGUUGAAGAAGCAAAACAGCGGUCAGUAGACCUGAUCUUUAUUUGUUGCAACAAAGGUUCAAACAAAAAAAGAGAAACAACCCCGUGCAAGGAGUUGCAAGAGAUUUUAAAACCUUCCCGCUUUCCCUUGAAACAUCACUCAUAAUCAUCAUCAAAAUGUUACAAAACCAGCAGAAAAGAGGAGUGGUUGCCAGGCAGAAACAUGAAACUGGUUGCUACACCUGUCAAUCAAGUAAGUUCCCAACACCUUCUAGCUACCCUUUCCCAAAGAACAAUACAGUGGUACCUCUAGUUACGAACUUAAUUCGUUCCAGAGGUCCAUUCUUACCCUGAAACUGUUCUUAACCAGAGGUGUGCUUUCACUAAUGGGGCCUCUUGCUGCCUCUGCGCCGCUGGCACACGAUUUCCGUUCUCAUCCUGGGGCAAAGUUCUCAACUCGAGGUAAGUCUUCCAGGUUAGCGGAGUUUGUAACCUGAGGUGUUUGUAACUCUAGGUGCCACUGUACAGUGGUGCCUCGCAAGACGAAAUUAAUUCGUUCCGCGAGUUUUUUCGUCUAGCGAAUUUUUCAUCUUGCGAAGCACGAAAUCCCAUAGGAAAGCAUAUAAAUUCAAUUAAUGCGUUCCUAUGGUCAAAAAAAGUCCAAACAAAGCCAAAUUUGGUACAACAAGAGUUUGUUAAGUGCUCUUUAAAGUCACACAUACUGUAAAGAGCAUUUCAAAAAUUGAAGGAACAAUAAAUUAAGUUUCUAAACAUGACAGAAAAACAUUUAAAAAUCAACAAAGUGUACAGUACAUUUUCUAAGACUCUGGGGGACAACUCGAAGAAGGUUCCUCUUCCACUCUUUGCUUCUUGCUGAAGAAACCCCUCCUCAACUGUUCCCCCAGCCACCCACCACACAUAAAUUCAAUUACAUAAUUUUUUUUAAAAACAUCAGUGUGGCCCAAUGGUCACAGAAAAUCAUAAAAAUGCAGAAAAAAACCACACAAGCUCCAAGAUUCUUGCAAACCCCUCCUCAACUGUUCCCCCAGCCACCCACCACACAGAAAUUCAAACCCAGAAAAUUUUUUUAAAAAACAGCAGAGUGGCCCAAUGGUCACAGAAAAUCAUAAAAAUGCAGAAAAAAAACCACACAAGCUCCCAGAUUCCUGCAAACCCCUCCCCAACUGUUGCAAACCCCUCCUCAACUGUUCCCCCAGCCACCCACCACAUAGAAAUUCAAACCCAGAAAUAUUUUUUAAAAAAACAACAUGGCCCAAUGGUCACAGAAAAUCAUAAAAAUUCAAAAAAAACCCACACAAGCUCCCAGAUUCUUGCAAACCCCUCCCCAACUGUUCCCCAGCCACCCACCACACAGAAAUUCAAACCCAGAAAUUUUUUUUUAAAAAAAACAACAUGGCCCAAUGGUCACAGAAAAUCAUAAAAAUGCAGAAAAAAACCCACACAAGCUCCAAGAUUCUUGCAAACCCCUCCCCAACUGUUCCCCCAGCCACCCACCACACAGAAAUUCAAACCCAGAAAUUUUUUUUUAAAAAAAACAACAUGGCCCAAUGGUCACAGAAAAUCAUAAAAAUUCAAAAAAAAAAACCCCACACAAGCUCCAAGAUUCUUGCAAACCCCUCCCCAACUGUUCCCCCAGCCACCCACCACACAGAAAUUCAAACCCAGAAUUUUUUUUUAAAAAAACAACAUGGCCCAAUGGUCACAGAAAAUCAUAAAAAUUCAAAAAAAAACCCACCACACAAGCUAACAGAUUCUUGAAAACCCCACCCCAACUGUUCCCCAGCCACCCACCACACAGAAAUUCAAAUCCAGAAUUUUUUGAAAAAAAAACAACAUGGCCCAAUGGUCACAGAAAAUCAUAAAAAUGCAGAAAAAAACCACACAAGCUCCCAGAUUCUUGCAAACCUCUCCCCAACACCAAGUCCUUGAAUUCCAAACACCCCAACCCAAAAUCCAAAAACCCCCAAAAAAGUUUUAAAAGUUUAACUUACCAAACGGCUACAAAAGAAGUUUUGGAAAAGCUUCAAAAAUCAGCAAAGUCCUCAAAAACCUCAGAAAAGGCUACCACACCGCGUGCAAUGUGUUGCUCCUCAAAGUCAAGUCGCAACUGCACCUCUUCAAGCAAUGCACCCUGGGUAUUAACGGUUUUUAGAAAAGGCAACAAACUCGCAAGACGUUUUCGUCUUGCGAAGCAAGCCCAUAGGGAAAUUCGUCUUGCGAAGCAGCUCAAAAAACGGAAAACCCUUUCGUCUAGCGAGUUUUUCGUCUUACGAGGCAUUCGUCUUGCGGGGCACCACUGUAAAAGUAUUUACAUAUCCCCUAGCAGUGAGGCUUUUCAGAGCAUCCUUUGAGAGAAUCAGGGUUCAAUGUACUAACUAUACUGAUGGAUUUCUGUCUGGGGUACUUGUCCUUGAACACCUGCCUCACAUUGUGAAGCUAAGGUCACACCUUAGGGAGGAGCAAGGAGUACAUGACCUUAUGCUUGUGGGAUUAUGAAGCCCUGGAUUCCCCACUUCAAGAGGAGUCAUUUGUUGAUGGUGGUCAAAUUGUUGAAAUUCAAUGAUUAUUUGAAGUUUCUGUAGGUUCUAGUCUCAGGGUUUCAAGUUGCCAUUGACCCUCUUUGCUGAAGAUUAGUCGUACCUUGGUUUUCGAACAGCUUAGUUCUCAAACGUUUUGGCUCCCGAAUGCCACAAACCCAGAAAUGAGUGUUCCGGUUUGUGAACUACUUUUAGAAGCUGAACGUCUGACGUGGCUUCCACGGUUUCUGUUUGACUGCAGGAGCUUUCUGCAGCCAAUCGGAAGCCGUGUCUUGGUUUCAGAACAUUUUGGAAGUCUUAACAGACUUCCGAAACGGAUUCCGUUUGAGAACCAAGGUACAACUGUACUAGUAAGAAGGGCAAAAGGGGAUUUUGUGUUUGUGUGGUGGCGAAGGGGAUAUUCAGGCUCAUCGUCCUGACUGGGCUUAGGCAUGGAGGGGGUGUCACUUAUGUCAUCUCCCACCCCACGGCAGUAACAGUGUGUUACUGAUUUCCAGAGGCAUACUUGCUGAUAAGGAUCUAAUUGGCUCCCCCCCUCUUUGUUGGGGUAUAAAAGGAAAGCUACCAGUCAUUUUUGCCCAUGAGAUCUGAAUGGUGCAAAACUGGAAAGCAAAUAAGAACUCUAAAAUGUUUUUGUAGCACUUUUAAGACUGCAAUGUUAUCCAUGCUUUGUAUGGAGUAAGCCACAUAGAACUCGAUUGGACCUAACUUCUAACUAACCAUUCAUAGGAUUGGGUUGCAAGUGCCUUGCAAUCAUUUUCUCCUUCAUUCUUUUAAUGACCCUACAAAGCAAGGCACUGUUGGUUCUUUUUAAAGUUACGGAUGGGGAACUGAGGCUGAGCAAAUUGUAAAAGGCUAUCUAGUGAGUAUACAGCUUAUGGCAGAGACUCUGGUUUCUUUUCUCUGUAUCACUCACCUAGACAUUCUGCUUGUAGGCUUCCUUCAGCUUGUAUAAUUCAAAACUGUUGUGUGAUUGUGGGGUUUAUGGCAGAGAAUGUUGGAAACUCUUCCCUGAAGAGAAUUAAAAAAUCAAAGGCACAGUGAAUUUGGACUCAGAUCCCCAGUCAGCUAUCACUGAGAUACAUUUUACAAGCUUGGUUUAGAAAUUUAAUAAAAUAAUAAUAAAACGUGUAAUAAAACGUUUCAAAGUGGUAUUAAAAUUAUAAAAUAGAAUAACUUGUAUUUUUUUAACAAAUUAAUUACAUUUUAGCAUGAAAAGUUAUUGUGGCAUCAUACUAUAUACAUAAUAAUAAGUAUAUAUUCUACUGAGGUCCCCUUUGAAGUAUUUUAUCAACGGACAAUAAAACAUGCAGUUAGCCUUAACAGAAACUUUAUUCUUUGAGCCACAAAUAGUAGAUGUGUAUGAGGUUCCCCACCUCUGUUGUAAACAGGCAAACUCGGGUCAGGGACAGUGGUGCAUGUAUUGUUUCUAAUGUUCUGUUUCUCUGUGAGUUGAGAUUCCAGUUUUACCCCACAGUAGGCAGGUGAGAAGCAGAGCAGGCAACAACAGUAUCUGUCUCCUCCCCACCCACCUUCUCCCCCCUGACCUUCCAUCAACCACACUGGAAUGUUAAAGUUACUGGCAGGGGCUCUGGCAUGCAGCUGCUUCAAGGUUUUUUCUUUUCCCCCAAUCAAGUGGUAUAUAAAUUUUAAUAAUAACAGUAAUAAAACUGGCAAUCCCAAUCACUGAUGUUGGUUUUCCUGCACUCCCAUUAAGGAGCCCACGGAAAUUUGGAGAUGCAUUGGCAAGUGUUAAGUCUGUUUGCAGGCCUCACAGCUCAAAUUAGGUGUCCUUUAAAUAACAAGGAAUGCCCUUCUCUGGCAGGAAAAUAAUAGUCUCACCUAUAUUGUGAUUGUGCUACAGUUGUGUGUUGGCGCAUUCUGUAGGCCAAAAUAGCAGCCAUUUUGGUUUAUUCUUGCAGCUGAACCUGCUGCGGGCAGGCUUGUUCUAUUCCAGAAAACAAAACUGCAUUGAUACCUCUCUGAGGGCAGUGGGAUAAUAGCAGCAAGAGGUAACCCCCCCCUUCAUUGGUUGGAGGCCUUUAAUGUCCCAUGGGACUGUUGCAGGAAUGUGCCUCAGCCUUUAACAGCUGUUUCCAAUGUAGUGUCUUGCAGUUCAGCAGACAGAGAAAGGGCUAAAGAUAUGGCAACCUCUUUUCUCUCUCUCCCAGUCACGGCAUUUCCCUACAUUUCAUUUUUAUGUUGGUUCUCCCUUGUUUAAGCAAUUAGCUUUCUUGUCCAUUCUCUCUGUGUGUAAAUGUUAAUGGCUUGUUAUACAUGCGUUGUUCUGUGCUUUCCAUCUGAUGAGGACUGAAGCUAUAAAAAUGCUGAAAGCCCAUUUGCACUGUAUUAUCAUUACGGUAUCAAGAGAAAGAGGAAUCCUUGCAUUACUGUGUGUUCAUUUGGGCCAGUGAGUUUUUGUGGUGCCAGCAGGCAGCUUUUUUCUCAGUUUCCUAUGCAAGCUUGAGGGAUGAGUUAAAAAUCACUCCCAGCCAAUGCAAAAACUCACUGGUCCACUGCAACUCACUCAUUUUCCAGGCCCUUCCUAUUGUGCUAAUACACUUCCAUUUGUGCAUAAUGCUGCAGGUCUUAUAAGUUCAGAAACCAGAGGACCCCUAGAUGCUCUUUCCAAAUGGAGGCUCUUAAAGGUCAGGCUAGUGUUGUUAACCCCUUGUAAGACACUACCAGGAGUCUUGGCCUUCCCAAUGGGCUAUGAAAGGUGGUUCUAAAAUGCUUCCCUUCCUAAUCCCCUGAAGACCAACUCUGAGCUGGAGUAGAAAGCAUCACAAUUGUGGCAGCAGUUCUGUUGUAGACUGCCUUUUCUGUGGUGUAGGUAUGAUGUUUCUGGGGAUGGUCUUGGACUCCAGGGCGGGCAAUUUAAAAUGUCUACAUAAGGGCUUGCACGCACGGCUCGGGGUCCUCUUCCUCUCUCCUGUGUGUGGGGGAGCACCCUGUUGCAACCGUUAAUAAAGAUCAGGCUUACUAGCUGCUUUGCUUCUCAAAAAAACAAACAAACAAAAUGCAAUUGGGGGGGCAAACUCCUCAGGGUAUCUUCCUCUUUGAUGAAAAUAUGUGGAUUAGCUUAAAUGAGUGAAAGACUCCCUGCCAGAAGCUACUUUGCUUCUCAUCACAGCAGGUCAUCAAUUGAACAGUGAUGUGAUGCAGCACGUUUUUUUCAAAGGAGUGUUUCUGCACAAAGUAUUUCCAGGACACAGCUAUAGGGUGUUUGUUGGUCUGUUUAUUUGAAAAAAAUUACAAACUGCCUCUGCCCUAACAGGAGCCCUUGCUUCAUAAUAAAUACAAAAACUAAAGAACCUCAAGCAGUAAAAUCAACCAGCACCUUGAUUACAAGUGCAGUAAGAACAUGUUUUACAUUUUAAGUAUAACAUUUUAAUCUCCUCCGUUCUAGGAACUAAAGUCAUUAUACGUGGUGUCCCUUGCCCAUUCCUCCCAUGUGGUGGUUAAGCUAUGUUGCUGUACCUGACCCCUGCUGAGCUUCAUGGCUGAGCAAGCAUCUGGACCCCCAGCUCCCUUGUCAAAGCUGAAUAUUCAAGCCAUUACUAAGGUCUUUGGUUUCCACCCGAAAGGCAGUAGAGGAGUUGCAAAUGGAACCUGAAAUAUACUCAGAGUCGCAAAGUGAUUUCAUGCUCUUUAUUCAGCUCAUAGUGGUGAGGAGGAAUGAAUGAAAGUCCCCUCAAAGUAUCUGCUUUAUAUACAUUAUUUACACAAUGGGCUGCACAUGAUUGGCUAAUUCUGGAAUUCUACUGUAAGCCAAUCAGGUUGUGGAUUCACUUAUAUCUGGAGCAUGAUUGGGUGGUUCCUGCCAACCAAUCAUACUGCUGCAUUGUUCUAGGACCAAUCAGACUGCUGCAUUCUGAAUCCUAUUGUUCUAGGACCAAUCAGACUGCUGCAAUUUGGAUCCUAUUGUUCUAGGACCAAUCAGACUGCUGCAGUUUGGAUCCUAUUCAACUCAUACAUAGCAGAACCUCUUUAGGCAGGGAGUUUCAACUCUGGGGUCUCAGCAUCCAGAAGACUCUUGCCCACCUACUGCACAAGGUAGAGGCACUUGCAAGAGGGUCUUCUUGGACUGCAAGGGAUGGCAUAUAGGGUUGGAGUGAUUCCUUCGAAUCACAAGAAGCAAGGCAGCUGGCAAGUUCAAAGCAAGCCCUUUGCCUUGAGCAGAAAACGUAAAGGUAAAGAACCCCUGACAGUUAAGUCCAGUCGCGAACGACUCUGGGGUUGCGGCGCUCAUCUUACUUUACUGGCCGAGGGAGUCAAUGUUCGUCCGCAGAGAGAGCAUGACUAAGCCGCUUCUGGCGAACCAGAGCAGUACACGGAAACACUGUUUACCUUCCUGCUGGAGUGGUACCUAUUUAUCUACUUGCACUUGGAUGUGCUUUUGAACUGCUAGGUUGGUAGGAGCUGGGACAGAGCAACGGGAGCUCACCCCGUCGCAGGGUUUGACCUUCGAUCAGCAAGCCCUAGGCUCAGGUUUAGACCACAGCACCACCUGCAGAAAACUAGCAGCUCACAAAUGCAGGUCUUGAGGACCUGAUAAAAUCCCAUGUGGCUGUGCUUCCAGCCCUUGCUGUGUCCGACCCAUCUUCAGAGGUAGCAUCUGUUGCCCGAACCCAGAGCUCCAUCUUGUAGGUUUUGUAACCAGCUCCUGGCCUGCCUGUGGCAAAUCGGGACUUCCUGGCCUCUGGGCGAGUAGGAGCCACCUCGCGCCCUCCUCCGUCUAAGGACAACUUGGCAUUGAAAGGCGGCGAGGAGAAGACCCGCCUGGCCUUCGGGGCGCCCCUCUUCGCCUUGAAGGCCAGGAGGCGCAGGGCAUUGCGCUCGCCUGUCUGCGUCGGGGUGGGGAGCAGCAUUUAGCAGGCUAGCGCGCGGGGGGGGGGGGAUCCAAGUGGCUCAACCGGCGCCCCGGCGCUCCUCCUUCCCUGGGCCGGGCGCCUUUAAAGCCUGCCGACUCCUUGCUGUGUGACGUGCGCCUGGCUCCUGGCCCGGCGAGGGGAGGAGCGGUGGCGCCGCUGCUGGUGCGGAGGGACCCUCUCCUCCGCCUCCUGCUGCUGCUGUCAGCCCGCCCGCCCGCCUCCCUCUCCGAGAAGCGAAGCCACAACUUUUCUUUUGUGCGCGCGCGUUCACUCCCCCCUCCCCUUGGCUCUCUCCUCUCCAGAUUUUAAACCCUAAUGACGGAUUAAAAAUCUGGCGCCCAGAAACUGUGGCUUUAGAAGUCCGGUAAGGCCUGAACAAAGACUCUCUCUCUUUCUCUCUCUCUUUCCUUUUUCUGCUCUGCCUGGUUUGAUUUGCACACAACCUGCGGGGAGGGGGCCGCCUCUCGCCUUUCCCCCUUACGGCUCUUCCUCGUCCCACUCCCCAGAGUCCCGCGGCCGCGAGAGGCGCCGAGCAAGGAGUCUCCUCCGUGCCCGCCUUUUGUCCGAAGCAGCGCAAAGCAGGCGGGCAUUGCCUGCUGGGGCGAAGUUGGCAUUUGCCAACAUCCGGGAGUUCGGCGGCUUGGUCGCUUUCCCGAAAGGGGAGGGCUGGAUGGGGGGGGGAGGGCAUGUUCUCUUUGCCUGUUUUCUGCCGCCGCCCAGGCCCGAGGAUCGAAGUGAGCGGGCUUCGGGGAGGUGCGCGCUUGUGUGUGUUUGUGCUUGCCUGCCCGAAGGAGCCCCAUCGAGCCGAGCGGCGAGCCUCCAGGCCAGCCCCGCGGGCUACGUGCUCGCUGGGCUCUUGGAGAGCGGAUCACGCCCCCUCCAGUCGCCUCCCUCCGCCUGGCCUCUUAAUCUGCGCCAGAGCUUGGAGGGACCGGAGGGGGAAGAGCAGAGCAUAAACAAGGGCGGGAGGAGAAAGCGACCUGGGGCGCUCUCGCCUCCUCCUCGAGCCCCUUCUGCAAAGGUGCCCGUGGGCUGUAGGCAAGCUCCGCGGAAAGGCGGACUUCGCCGCUGCUCCGCGCCGCCUGCUCGCGCCACAAGCCGAUUGGUCGUGCGCUCUGCUGCCGCCAUGACUCUCGGCUGCGCGGCAUUACUGCUCUUCGCCCCGCAAGCCUGGAGGGGGCUGCGCUACGCCUUGCUUGGCCUCCAGUUUGAGGGAUCGAGGUACAAAAGUGCGCGCUUGGAAAGCGCAUCAGAAGUGUUGUUGCGUUUGCCUCGAAGAUGCCCAAGAAACGUUGCCCUUGCCACUCUGGUGUGCAGCUUGGGCUGGCAGGCUUUCAAGAAGACAAGGCCUGCCUUUCGCAAUGAGAGUAUCAGGUCUGCUGCGUUUCGCCAUUCCCGCCUGCCGACCUCCCUUCAUUGAAAUUAAGAAGCUCGUUCUUCCUGGACCUGCAGCCUCCCCAAACCACUGGGUGCAUCUGGUGUGCCUCAUACCUAAAGGCAGACCCCUUUUCGUUCUCUGCCAAGCAAUGGGGAAAAUGCAGGGCCGCAGAAUUUGGUAAAAUCCAUAAAAUAAUUUGAGACCUUGGGAUUAGGUCGCGCGCUUCUGUAAACAGCCUCUGCGUGUGUCGCCCCUCCCCUCCCCUACACACGGCUGAACUGUAGCCUGUUGGAGUUUUUCUGUUCUUCAGAAUCCCAGUGAAUACAUAGGAAAAUUAAUGGGAUUGCAACAGAACAUUGCAGUGCAUCUCCAGCUCCUAAGAGGAAUGCUGCUGUUCAGGGUCUCCAAAUAUCCUGGAAUGUGAGCUUUGUAAUAAUGUUUAGGCAUUGGAGAGGGAUAAAGGACACCUUUUCUCUUCCCUGGCUGUGCUGUAUAGUGCUAGAGGGCUGCUGGUUCUCACCUAGGCAUUUUAUUGCAAUAUAGUGUAUAUAAUGGUUGUUUUGGAAAAGAAGUCUCUCUCCUCAAUAAACAAAAAUUCUUGUAUACUGGAGGGACAGAUGUGUUCCUCUUCCUUGAAGCCCCAUCUGUGGAACAACAGUCCACUUUUUUGAAGCUGCCUGUCCCAUGCUCUCAACAAAUGAGCCAACUUUUUUGUGUAUGAAGUCCAAGACAUCUACAAAAAGUGAAGUGCUCACACAAAUGUUUUGUAGUCAUUGAUGGCACAUUAUUUGUAUGAAAAGUCUCUGAGCCUUCUCUACUUCACAUGUCCUUUGGAUACCUGCAGGCAGUUCUUUCCACUGGUAAUCUGGCAGGUGGCUAUCUAAAAGUCUGUCUUCAAAAUACCUUCUUUCCUUUAUGCAGAAACAUGCCAUAUUUAUGUGGAUGAGGCUCAGUGGGCUUUCUAAGUUAUCCUGUUUAAUGCCAUCUUCCUUCCCAGAGCUAACAAGAAAGCAGGACUGGAUGGGAUGUUGGUCUGAACUGGAGGGGGAGAGGGCCUUGAUGAAACCAGAAGGUAGCCUUAGUCUCAUUUCUUAAUUACAGCUAAAAGAGAUUACUGUAAUAGAAAAUUGAGGCAUCUUGCAGGUUUGACACCUAGGAUUUUUGCUUAGCCUGCUCAAAAAUAAAUAGUUGUAGACAAUUAGAUAUCUGACUCUUAAAAUUCUUGCCUCUUAAUUCCUAAAGUUCUGUUGCCCCAGAAAUCUGCAGCAUAGAGGUAGAACACCAUUCCUUGCUUUUUAUUGAAGCUGUGAGGCUAAAAGAGAUUUUGGAAGGACACUUCAUGAAUUGAAGUUCUUAAUUGCUGUACCAUUUGUGGGUUAGAUGGGAGAAACACACCACAUUUAUCACUUUCAUUACCUUCAUCAGGCAUAGGAUGUUCCUACCAAGUCUGAACUGUUAAGGUGACUGCUUUUCUGGGGAUAAAUUGUCUGGCUUGCUUGUGCCUGGUGACAGAUUAACUUGCCUCAGAGUUUUCUGCCUUGCCACUGAGCCACAGGGGUAAAGUCCAAAGGGGUAUGGCAGAGUGCUGGAGUAGUAGUUGUUCCAGUCAGUUCAGGUCCACACUGUGCUCACUUGAUUAGUUUUUUAGCUCUAGAAGACAAUGGCAGCAUGCAAGCUGACUGUGCUAAAUAAAUGUUGCAAGCCAGCUGUGGGAAGAAAAAGCCUUUAAAUAUUUAGGCAGGGCAUGAAAUAGUAUCCAGCCAUUGAUCAGUCCCCACAUCCCCAUCACUGAGGCAGCCUUGGAGGCAGAGAUAGGCUACAGCAGCAUCAUACUCACAUUGACCAAUUUAAAGUGGCUUAUUACUGUGCUUUUAUACUGCCUGCCUAUCGACAAACUUAAGAGGCUUGCAAUCUCCAAGAUUAAAACAAAAAAGGAUGCAAAAGUUGGACCAGUAAAAUAGAAUUUUCACUUGCCAUUCAUAGCCUGUUCAGGAGCUCCCUCAACAGGCUCUCUCCUUCCAUUUUCCUCUCAGUUCACACAGUUCUUUAAGUAGUGUCCAGGAUGUUGUGGCUGCCCCAGCUGAACUUUCUCAGUUCUGGAGCUGAUGGCAUGAACUUGCUAGCUUGGGCUUCAGUUCCCUGAAGAAGUACCUAAACUUAUUUAUUUGCCCUUUGCACAACAGAAGAUGCAAACAGGGACUUGCAGCAAAACAUUGCAGUGAAUCCCCACCCCUAGCGGAGUGGAACAGCAGUCUCAUGGUUAGGCUCACAGAGGGCACCUUCUUUGCUACCUUCCCGAAAACUUCCCCAGCUGUGUUAUAAAGUGCUUAAGCCCUCGCUUCACUCAGUUGCUCCUGUUUCUAGGGCAAGCAACUCUGAUUGUGGCAACACACACCAUUGCUUCAGAUUGGCCUACUGUAAUAUGCUCCAUGUGGGUUUGCAUUUGGGAAUUUCAGUGACUUCAAAAUGUUGCAGUGAAAGUUCUGACAUCUUCUGGAGCAAGGGGUACCUUGGCUUCUCAAAUGAAUUGAGCCUGAAAAUAUGGCCACCCAAGUGGUAUUUGCCUCUAGCAUAUUCACCAGCAACUGAAAAGUACUAUUUACACAAUUUUAUCUCCACUGUUGGAGGCAGCAGACAGUUGCUGGGAAUUAGCAGUGUGGAGAAUGCUGUUGCACUCAUAGGAACAUAACAGUAGCCUACUGGAUCAGGCCAGUGGUCUAUCCAUUCCAGCAUCCUGUUCUCACAGUGGCCAACCAGAUGCCCAUGGGAAACCAGUGGGCAGAACCUGAGCACAAGAGCAGUCCUCUCCUGGGAUUUUCACCAACUGGUAUUCAGAAGCAUUACUGCAAAGGUACAGAAUAGACAUUAUGGCUAGUUGUCAUUGAUCGCCCUCUCCUCUGUGAAUUUGUCUAAUCGUUUCUUAAAGUCAUACAAGAUGGUGGCAAUCACUGCAGCCUAGGGGAGCCAGUUCUAUAGUUAGGUUACAAAUGCUUCAGGUUACAAACUCCUGGAAGAGUUACCUCGAGUUGAGAACUUUGCCCCAGGAUGAGAACGGAAAUUGUGUGCCGGCAGCGCAGCGGCAGCAAGAGGCCCCAUUAGCGAAAACAUGCCUCCAGUAGAACGGACCUCCAGAAUGAAUUAAGUUCAUAACUUGAGGUACCGCUGUAAUUUUAUUUUUUCUGUCUUGAAUCUUCCAAUUAAGCUUCAUUGGAUGUCCACUAGUUCUAGUGUUACAAGAGAUGGAGAAAAAUUUUUCUCUUUUUUUUUUUGUAAUUAAAAUGAGGCAUUUAUUGCAACAAGAUGUGACAGACACUCUGAAGACAGGCUAGGAAUAGACAGAAAUACGCAGUGAUGGCUACCAACUUAGAUGCUUUUUAAACUAUCUGCCAUGGCUUUGUUCUGCCUCCAGGACUGGCGACACCAUGUCUCUGAAGAGCACCAUCUUUCUCAUAGGCACCCGUCUGGCCACUGUGGGGAAUGAUGACCUCUGGUCCUGAUCCAGCACGACUCUUACGUUGUUAUGGCAAGCAGAUAGUCAGCAGGCAAAGCUUUUUGAGCAUGCAGGGUUAGUGAUGAUGGGCAAAGACAGUACCUGGUGAAUGUCUGCUUGCCUUGAAGCUUUUAUUUUUUAAAAAAAUAAUAUUUAUUGAGAAUUUUAAGAUUACAAAGAAACAAAGAAAAAAAGAAGGAAGGAAAAAACAAGUAGCAUUUAAACAAUACGAAUCAAUAAAAAAAAAACAAGGUCAAAAAGAGAAAAAAACAAAACACAUAAUACAUCAAAAUCAAAAAGCAAAAAUAGACAAGAAAUUUAAAAACAAAUCCAAUAUUCCCAAAUCAUUAACUGUCAUUACCUUGUUUCAUCGACCUCCUCACACCUCCCUUUUUUGUAUUCUAGUUGUUAAUUAUCUCAGCAAAUCCUUUCCAUCUUUCAUAAUAUUCUGUCAUUAAAUUACCUUAAUCUAUUUUAACCUUAUCUUACCAUAAAAGGCCCUAAAACUUAAAACUUAAAUCUUAUUUAUACCAAAUUCUCUUAACCAUGACAUAUUCUUACAUAAUUCUUUUUAACAUUUCUGCUAAAGCCAAAUAAUUUCAUUCCAACAUUUUUCUAAUACUCUUUACUUUUACAGGAUUUUCCUAAAUAAUUUGUUUAAAACUUUCUUCCAAUCUUCAUCCAACGUCUCUUUCUCCUGGUCUCGGGUUUUGUCAGUCCUUUCUAUCCCAUCCAUCUAGUCCAUCAACCUGGUAACCUUAUAUCCGAGGCCCUUGGAUCUCUUCCAUGUCCCAUCCGCAAAUCUUCUUCAUAUUUAUACCUGUGCUUUACUUUGUCUUCUGCUCCUUUCACUCGGGGAGACUCCAGCUUGACAAUGUUUUUGUCCCUUCUCGACAGAUCAGCCCCUUUUCCAAAGUCAACACUGAACUCCAUGUGGUAUUUAAAAGCAUGUUUCAAAGUCCCUCCAAAGUUAAGGACCCGCACAACUCCGAACGCCUCCCGGCCCAAAGCCAGACUUGAAAGGUCAAAACAUCCCUGCAUAGGGGGGUCUAUCCAGCCCCCCAUCUCCAAGCCAAACAGAACUCUGUCUCUCCAAAUCUGGCUUUCUCCAGGUUCAUUCGUCAAGUCCAACAACUCAUGUUCCUGCUGGGCCACAGUUCCCUCCAUCUCUGCCUCACUAGGUCCAGCAACAACCUCCUCCCUCAUCUGAUCUGUCAAAGCACACUCCUGAGUUAAUUCCUGAGUGGGUUCUAAAUAAGUACCCACUGCCUGUCCAAACUUUCCGAUCCCAACAGUCAUCAAAUCCAUCUUCUCAUGUAACUGUUCCAAUAAAGCACUUGUCUUACAAAAAGCCAACACCAGAGCCUCCGAGUACAUUCUUGUUGAAGGUCAGAGUCUUUUCCCACGAUCUUAAUCUAUUGCAGCUGCAAAGCUCCCCAGUUCGAAUUUAAUAACAGUUUCACAAGCUCCCUCUAGGGGAAAAAGCUUCUAUUUGUAUCCAUCUCUCUCUCUUUUUUUUUUUAAAGCAAAUCUAACAACAAAGUUUCCUUUUUCAGAUAUUUUGUCAAUAUUUUGUUCCUUUUAGAUGCGAAGGGGAACAAUGGAAUCAAUAUGUUUCUCUUCUUUUAACUAUCUGUCAAAAACGUUUGUCUAUAGUCAAUGAACUUCCCGAAGACGUCUGUCCUGACACCCCGCUCCCAGGUUCAGGACGGUGGAGAAUUGCUUUUCUUUACUUAUCUUCUGCAAGUUUAAUCAGUCCAGAAAAAGUUCCCCCCUCUUCUCCUGCUUCCAAGGGGGGUUCAGUAAUUUUAAAUGAUGAAAAUUGAUCCUUUACAAACGAUUUUCUAAGCUCUAGCUUGCCGUGUCUUUGCUUCAGUCUAUUUACAAAAAGCGGAAGGCAGACUUCCUGUUUAUACCUUUCCACUUCAGUGCCAAAUUAAAGGAAAUUUCUUAUUCCAAUUUUCUGUUCUACUCACGGACAGUUAUCUAAGCUCCAAUUGUCCACAGGAAAAAGUCAGCGCUCUCUGGCAACAGCAAUGCGGCUUCACUCUGUGAAAGAAGCAGUCAAUUCAAGGCACCGCGCCACUCACCCCACGUCGCUCUGGAACCCCGAAAUCAGGUUUCCCCGCGAGUAGGGGGGGCGCAAAGGUACCGGCCGAAUCCCACGUCCACAGGCUUCUCCCGCCUGUGGUUUUUGAUGGGUCUCCGCCUUGCCGUGGCGGUUCAGACCCUGUUUUCCGCGGAGCGGAUUCCUCCCGAUCGGAGGGAAUCCGCCGUUGCCAGAGGCACCAACCCGGAAGUGAGAGAGAGAAUUUUUUUUUCCUCUAUACACUUCUUGCCAUGCAUAACCUUAUAAACUUUAUGAUCCCUUGCCUUUUCUCUGAACUAAAAAAGUCGCAAAUGCUGCAACCUUUCUACAUAGGGCAGUCGGUCCAUCCCCUUGAUCAUUUUGAUUGCCCUUUCCGACUCUACAAUAUACUUUUUGAGUUGAGGUGACUAGAACUGUGCACAGUAUUCCAGAUGUGAUCACACCAUAGAUUUGUGCAAUGGCAUGAUAUUGGUAGUUUUAUUUUCAAUUGUGCUGUGCACUUCUCAGAGGCAUCUGGUUGGCCAAUGAGAGAAUAAGAUAUCCUUUUCUUCUUCCCCUUCUAACUAUUCCACUUGUAACUUCAUUAUGUGUAUCUGCCUGGUCACUCUGUCAUAGUAUUUCCUAGAAGACAGAAAUCCUUAGUUGAGUAUAACUGCUCCCUUAGUGUUCACAUUUCACGGUUUAAUGAAAAAGUGCUGUUGAGAAGCCUCCAGUUUGGAUGUCUAUAAAGAAUUCCCGCUUAAAUUUGACACGCAAAGUAACUUUCUCAGCAUUAACACAGCAGAGACAGAAUUGAAAAUAGGAGGCUUUGUUAGGUGUGGUAUGUGCUUGCAUUAAAGUAUAAUUAAAAGUAGCGCCCCAAUAACUUGUUCAGGGGGGUGGGAAACCUAUUUAAGUCUGGGGGCCAGAUUGGAACUUGUCCAACCUUUUGGGAGCCAAUGCAACAUUCCAAUGCAACUCUACAUACACCCCAGUAACAAGCACACAUGCACUAGCCACACAUAUACAGUGGUGCCUCACAAGACGAAAUUAAUCCGUUCCGCGAGUCUCUUCGUCUUGCGGUUUUUUUGUCUUGCGAAGCACGGCGCUUAGCGGCUAUUAGCGGCUUUAAGAACAAGGAAACAAACUCGCAAGAACUCGCAAGACGUUUCGUCUUGCAAAGCAAGCCCAUAGGGAAAUUCGUCUUGCGGAAUGACUCAAAAAACGGAAAACUCUUUCGUCUAGCGAGUUUUUCGUCUUGCGAGGCAUUCGUCUUGCGGGGCACCACUGUAUCACAGAACUGGUAGUUGUGUGCAUGUACACACACUUAACACAACCAACACUUUCAGUCCACUCCACCACACUUGUGGGGACUGGAAAGCUAUGUAGAGUUGAUCUUUAUAAACAGCAGGCAGAGGAAUUUUAUCUCUCCCGUCUUAGCAUUAAAACUUACAUAUGUGUACAGUACUAGGAAAUUUUGUCGUAGAAUAAUGGAAUUGUAGAGUUGGAAGGAAUGCCUGAGAGUCCUCAGUCCAACCCCUUGCAACAUUUCCAAAUGAUGUGCUUCCAUCUUAAAUGUUUGGUUAUAAAAGUGCUGCAAGUGUUAAGAAUCUUUGUACCCUGUGCAACUUUGCUAACGUCAGUGUUCGAAAUUCCCAUUGUUCUGGGCGCAUUUUGCGAGAAGGAAUUUCAUUAGCACGAGCAGUUUCUGAGCUCUGGACGCAGUACUGCGCCUAGGAUUUCAGAUUAAAACUGCAGAGUGGAAGAAAGAAGGGCCUUUUUCCUUUUCCCCACUUCUCUGAAGGGUGAAGAAGAGACCCUCUUAAGAAUAUUAGGGGAGUGGGGGUGGGCAGGGCAAGGACUAGACCAUGUGAAAAAUGAACAUAAUAUUUUAGUGGCAGUUCAUUAAUCUUCAGCUUUGUCAUUCUUGUUAUUAAAAAAGUGUGCCUAUACAUUCUGUUGUUGCACCCAUGACCUAGGUUUAAGGUGCCAUUUAGCUCCUAGCCUUCAUAUCUCAGUUUCUAACACUGGCUAACAUCCUGCUCAUCUGUUUGUGUGUGUUGCUUGCUUCUGGCGCGCUGCUUUCCUUGUUGUAAACUGUAAGACUGCAUUAAGCUUCUUGAAGGGCUGAAAGGUCAACAGAGGACUAUAGCAAAUGUGAAUCUAUUAAAUUUUUAUAACUUUCCCUUAAAAAUCUGAAGCUUUGCUAGCCAAGGGAUAUUAAUGUAACUCAUUCGUAGCACCUCAGUAGUGUGGGGAAAAGCCUAUUUUCAUGCAGUUUCCAAUAGGCUGCCUGCCUGCUUACCUUGGAGGCAGUUUUUACCACAGUUUAUACAAGUUUAUAUGCCUGAUACAUUGACUGAUGUGUCUUAUGUGAUCCCACAUAGUAAGCAUAUGUGGAGAUUUCUGGGCACCAGGUUGGCAACCAAAGUUUAAAAACUUCUGCCUUAGUCCAUAGUUAAUAUCAUUUCCAUUUCCACUGUGUGUGUUUCUCUUUCUUGUAUACUGUGAAGUGUUGUAAGAGCAAUGCAGUCAAGUAUUGUAGUUGAGAUCAUAGAAUUGUAUUGACAUUCCAUUGUUGCAGCUGUAACCCAGGUUUAAGAUGCCAUUUGUGCCUAGCUUAUUUAUAUGAGUUUCUAACACUGUUUGCACCAUAUGUUUCUAGAUUCAGGUAGGUAGCCGUGUUAGUCUGACGUAGUAGAAAUAAAAAAAUGAAAAUAAAAAAAUUGUCCAGUAGCACCUUAGAGACCAACAAACCUAGUUGGUCUGGUAUCUGAAGAAGUGUGCAUGCACAUGAAAGCUCAUACCAAGUACAAACAUAGUUGGUCUCUAAAGUGCUACUGGACAAUUUUUUAAAUAUAUAUUUCUGUUUGCACCAUAUGGUUCAACUCUUUCAGAGAAUCUGGAGAGGUUUCUUUGGAGAGCAUUCUGGUGAUUUCAUCUAUAAAUACAACACAUGCGCAAGUCUCCUGUGGCAAUUUAAAAAGUGGUUGGGAAGCAGGUCAGAGUGGGUAGGCUUUGAAAUUUAAGAUAGCUGGCUCAUCAUUUUCCUGUAGUGUGUAAUCUAGAGUGGGUUUUUUUGUUUAGUGUCCCUACAGAUAUUCCACAGCCAUUGCUAGGGAGCUUUCAGAAGGGAUUCUUCUACAAGUGAUGGGCUUUAGUUUUAUUUUUGCACACACCCUGCCACCUGAGUUUCAAUGUAUUGUAGGAAACAACAUUUAAAAUAGUCUCUACAACAGUAGCUUCUGUGUAUUAGCUAGUUUAUCAGCUGUGUGAAAGAUGCAUGUCUUACUGACCAUGAACCAAGGAUUACAGAAUCCCAGCAUUAAAAAGGAACACCAAAUUUGCAUGAAAUUGUAUUUUAAUCCUUUUGCCCAGGGAUGGGAUUUCUAGCCAAAGCAGAUACGAUCAAAAUAAAAUUUGGAUGUCUAGGGAAGGUGCUGUGGCCAUGAAACUGCACAGUCAGUAUUUAGAAAAGUUGCUGCACAGGGCAUAGAAAUCUCCCUGUGGGUUGGAAGUUUGCUUGUUUAAUUUCUGAACCCCAAGCAGGUAGUUACAGCACUCUUGCAAGUUUUAACCUGCAAUUAUGAAAUAUAGACACUUCCCCUUUUUUUUGUAUUAUGAAAGCUGACAUUGUCAGUUUUGAUAUUUCAGUACAGAAUCUGUUCGUGUGAAAAAAGCAAGUGGUCCCCAAAUGCUCAUGCCAUAGUGGAUUAGUUUGUCUCUAAGGUGCCACAAGAGCCUUCGUUGAAAAAGGAAUUAAAUACUGUUAGCCGUCUAGGGGAUUAUUUGAGGUGAUGUGUUUCUCUUCUAUAAGGAUUGCAUUAAGUGCUUAUGUAUUUUCCCACAUGGAAUUUUUUUAUUUUUUAUUAUUUUUUCAUUCUGCUUUGCCAACUUCUCUACCAAUCCCAGUGCUGCAGUGGGGAUUAGUGUAUAUGUGUGUGUGUGUGUGUGAGAGAGAGAGAGAGAGAGAGAGAGAGAGGUAUGUACCUGUGUGUUGCAUGUCUUAUGUGUGUAGGUUCUGUAUGUGUGAGGGUAUGUGAUACAGUCUGGCAUAAGGAUUUAGAAGCAAUCACCAGCCCCUUGAAUUAGGCCCAGAAGUUGAUAAGCCGCCAGUGCAACUUCUGCAAUGUUGGCUAAAGGUGCUUUCUUCUGACAUUUGGCAGUUGCUCAGUGAUUUAUUGCACCUGCUGUGCUUCUGAAUUGUCUUCAAGGGCAGCCCCGUAUAAAGUGCACUGCAGUAGUAUACCCUCAAGAUGACCAAAGCAGAGAUAAUUAUGAUGAGAUCCCCCUGCAAAAUAAGUGGAGCUAAUGCACUAGGUGAAACUUACCUUAUAAGGGUUAUUUCUGACCACCACCGCUAUCUUACCUACAAGCAAAACACAAGGACAAUGUGGAACUAUCCACAAUGAGUCUGUGCUCUGCUUUAUAGAGACAAAGUUGUUUUUUGUCUUGAUGAUGGGAAAAAAUGAGGAAGACGAAUUUGUAAAUGUUCAAAUGAAUGAUUUUUUUCCCAAUAGAUUUUAGAGAUGUGGAGAUUGCAGUUCUGCAGGCAGCUGUUAGGGAGGAGCAGUUCACAAGAGAGAACUGCUCAUUGCUCCGGGGUGUUUGAUCUCCUCUUGUCAGCUGUGGUUUGACAGCCACAGGAAGCAAAGGCUGCUGUAGCUGAGGUGGCCUGGCAAGAAUGAGUGAUACUGGAGCUCUGUGUGUGUCUGUGUACAUAUGUCUGCACAUGCAUGCACAGACAUGGAAUAGGGUGUCUCACCCUGGGGUUCCUCUGGAGACUGGAACCUUAGCAUGUGGCUUCUGUCUAGUUGCUUAAGAGCUUGUUCUUUGGUGCUGUCACAUUUAGACUGGAGUUUGGGUGCUGUGAAACAAUAUAGAAAUUUUCAUUCCACUUCCGGUAGGGAUAAGAUAAAAAGGCCUAGUUGCAUGCAGAAAUGGCAGAUCUUCUUCAUGACAGUCUUACUAAUAUUCACACAUUUCAUAAAGCUCUGUAGCAGAUCAGGCUUGGUGACUUACGGUAAUUGUAGAAAUGUAUACUUUAACCUUUUGGGUAAGUAGUUUAUACCAUAAAGUACACACAAAGGAGCCUUUGGUGGUCCUGUGCCUUGUUUUCCAACUGAGCUUCUUAGUUUCCUCCCCACUUUUCAAUGUGUGAUGGAUGUUCUUUACGGCCAAAUCAGCCUUUAGAGUUUUCUCUUUUCAUCUUGCUGGGUUUUUUUGUGUUGGGUGGGGUGAGGGAAUGCCUAGUGGAGGAAUGGCUUAUCUUUUGGAGAUUUUGGACUGUGGCCUGAGUUAAUGUUGACCAAAAUUGAAUGCAGAGCAGGAAGUUCAGUGUAAAGAUAUUUUAUUACGAAACUGAGAAAGACCAGUUAUGAUCAUAUUUUUAUUUACAGCAUUUUACCAAAACCAGUUUGCAUGCCAGAGCUCAUUAAGUCAUGCUCUCCGGGGGGUCCAGGAGCACAAUACCAGCAGAGUAUUUAGUUAGCACCGUCCUAAGUGAGUAUAUUUGUAAACAGUAGCCAAGGUUAUCCAUAGCAUUUAUGCCACAUGGGCAGGUUCUGCCUUGGCAAGGCAUAUGUUGGCAUCUCCCAGUCCAGAUGGCAUCUCUAAGAAUCUGAGCCAUGCAAAACUGUCCCACUGGGUAUGAUUUGUAUUUAACAAAUGCAGCUCAGGUCUUCCCAUGCUUCAUAUCCCAAUAUCUGAUCACUGGCAUCAGUACUUGUUAACAUGGAUAGAUGGCUGAUGUCAGUUCCAUGAAACACAAGCAGAUACUGUACCUACACUAGAUCAAAAGGAAACUUCUAGAAAUAUGACUUGUUGACAAAUGUGCAUGUGCAUAUGAUGGGCCUAAACGUUUGGAGAAGGUUUAAAUAAAUAUAUGUAUUUAAUCCUCCUACUGGCAGUAACUUUUCUGCAUUGGGUUUGGGUUUCCCCUGCCUUAGCCAGCCUGAGGCAUUUUCCUAGCCUCUUCAGUUGUUUCCAGAAAAUGCAGACAGUGGGCAUAUGGAGUGUUUCAACAAAAAUGCUGUUCUGCAGAACAGGGGCAGUCACACUAAAAGCCCUGCUCCGAGUUACUGUGGAGCAGGUUUCUAAGGGAUCAUUUCUUUCUUCCUCAGAGUUACCGAGACCCUCAUUCUCCAUGACAGCGUGGCAGCUGUCAAGUCCCCAAAGGCCUUGUCCACCAACCUAUCUCAGCUUCUGCAGGUCAACCAUUUUGGCCUUGGGAGAAUGAACUUGGUUCCCUGAGGGCCAGGAACACAUUGCACUAAGCACACCCCCACGACUUCUGUCCAGAAGGCAGACAGUUGCAUUUAUAGUAUUCUGUACAAUACACUGCAUGCUGCGCCCCAGCUGGCUUUCUCUCUGCAUAUCUGUUUUUACAGGUUAUUGAGUUAGUUUACUUUGGGAGCUUAGGAUUUGUUGUGGGGAGAGUAGUCUUCCCUGUCCUCCUUGCUCUGCUGUUGAAUUCACUCGGCUGCUUUGUCACUGGGGCUGAGAUACCACAUCUGGUGAGACUUCCCUCUUGCUCAUCCAGUGGGCUUCUUCUCUGGGUGGUUCCAAAUUUAUAGUCCUGACUAGCUUCCCUCUAGGUUUUGAUGACUCAAGCGGUAUAUAAAUCCUGUUUUAUAAAUAGAUGGCACCAGGUGAUUGACAUGUGGAUGGCUUCCUCCACCUGUCAGUGUUGGCCGGUGGGCUCUUGAAUCUAGGAUCUGUAAAGUAUGGGUGUCCCUCCUUUUGUGUUUUAAAGAGCCCUUGUGAUUGUAACACCAACCCUACAUUUUAUAGGCAGUUGUUGAACAGCAAUAGAAACUAAUGGGGAGCCGUAGAGGUUCCCAGUGUUUCCUCAGGGGCCUUGAUCACCCUUUCCAGCAGUAAACUUGUGUUCUUGUCAUUUGGAAACGAAACAGCACUAUCCAAAAACAAUAGGAGCUUCCUCUACAUAUUCAGGGGACACUCUUGGUACACAGGGUUAUAUAUUUUUUUAAAAAAAUCACCUGUUUGUGUAAUCCAGUAAGCUGCAUAAACUUACUACUCCAAGUUGAGUCUUGGGAAGUGGGGGCAUGCAGAUAAAAUGUGAGAGUCCUUUGAGAGUUAUGAUCGGCAUGUAGGCAGUUACAGAAAAAACAACUGAUAUGGGGCUUCAUACAUGACAUUUUAAUGUGCUGCUUUGUGAACCUGAUGGCUUGUAACAGGUUACUGUGUAGAAUUACUAAAGCCAUUUUUGAACACAUGCCCAAUAUUACAAAUGCCUGUUUUGCAUGUUUCUAUUUCAGCCGCGUCGUUUUGUGUACAUUAGCACAGGAUUCCAAGCCAGCUGCCCACAUAUUUCCUGUCAACUAACUGCUUUUUAUGCUGGAAGAGUCACACAUUGAAGGAAAAGGCCUUCUAGAAUUCUAGAACGAGGAAAUGUUGCAGCUGAGAACUUGUGUGAAAUCCAAGCUUUCCUCAGUUGUGCCACAAGUAAACCAGGGCAUUUUGUUGCUGAUUUGAAGUGAGCAUUCUGCUUUUUCUUGAUUUGUACUGCUGACUUGUAUUUUCCUUUGCUUUAAAUUGGAGAGCAUAGCUAAAAAGAGCUGUUAUUUCCUAUAGUUGUGGUCUCUCUGAAGUCCUGGAAAGAGCUGUGAGGGGCAUUACUUGUGCUUUCUUGAGGAAAUAGUAUGUUUAGCAGUGACCGUAGUCCUGGCUUUUCAGUCUUCUGUUACCAUCAGACAUGCUGCUCUGAAGGUUGAGUAAUGCCUUGGUUUUUAUUCUUCCAGGCAGGUGCAGUGAUUAACAUUUUGCAGUGGUCUCCCUCAGAAGGCGAUGGAGGGUUUUAAGGCAGAGGCUGGAUGGCCAUCUGUCAUGUAUGCUUUAUUUGAGAUUUCCUACAUUGCAGGGGGUUGGACUGGAUGAUCCCUGGAAUCCCUUCCAACUCUGCAGUUCUGUGAGUCUAUAAAUAUAUGACACUCAAUUAGUCAAACUGUUAAACACUUGUGUUUCUAUAUAAUAUAGGUAGAUAACUUGCUUCCACCUGGAAGCUGCAUAUAUUUCUCCAGGAGGGUUUUUCCAUUGUCAUUUUAUUUGUAUGCCAUCUUUCCAUAAUUAAAACCAUGCUCAAGGCAUCUUACAACAUAACAAGAUUUACAUAAUUACAAACGUAAUAAAAAUAGUCAGAAUAAAUAAAACACAUCAAAAAGUACACAACUGAAUUGAAACAAUGUCCGCAUAAAUCAUAAGAAUAAAACUAAAGAUACAACAAUUAAUAUUAAUUAAUAUCCUUAAUUAAUAACAAAAAACCAACAAAGCACCUUAAACAAACCACAGCCCAAGAGUCUCUUCAGCAGCCUCAGCUUUUGUAGCUGCAGAGCUUUGUCUUCCCAGGCCAAGUGAGAAAAGGCCAGCAAAGCAGGGAACAGGUCUUCCAGGACUUGCAAGACCCUCCAGAAUGCUGUGAUGCCAUGUUGCCAAAAGCACUGAGGGUCCCCCAGGGUUUUGCGCUUUUUUUUUUUUUUUAAACUGACUGCUCCUAUAGGUACUCUGUUGUGAUACUGUGAUGCCCAAAGGUUUUUGCAAGGGGCCCAAAGCCCCUCAAGAAUUGCCACAGAAGAUCUUGGCCUGUGGUCCCUGGAGGGUUUGACCAUGGGUCACUGUGGUCCUUCACAUAAGAAAUGGUUAGCCACUGCUGAUGCAAAAUAACAGCAAGGAGUAAAAAUAUUUGACACGUAAGACAAAACACUAGGAAGGAAACACUAGGCUCAAAACUUCCAUGCCUAUGGUUUUCAAUGGUUGGUUCCAGGUUUUCCCCUUCCCUUUGAUGUUGGUUCAUAACAAGGUUCAAAGAAGGCCUGUCAUUAGUAACAAGUGGCAAGUCAAAACAGAUUGAAUGACAUCCCAUUCUGCCCCCCUUCCCAGGCCAAAUAACAGGGGCAAAUAGCAGCCCUAGCUUAGGGCAGGCUAAAUCUUGUUUUGGUUGGGGUUGAAAGAGGGGCCUUGUGUUUGCUUUGCUUCUGGACAGUUGUUUUCCUAUUUCUUCUUCAAAGUUGCUGUUUGCAAAAGCCCUACUUUUACUAAAGGUUCUCAAUACUCCAUGAGCUGGUUUAGUUUCCGUGCUAGUUUUGUGUGCGGAGAUCGUAACAACAGGAAGCCUCUGUGAUGCACUAUUUUGUCACAACUGUUCCUCUCCACUUGGAGCCAAUCCAGGCAUUCCCAGGUCAUUUUUUAGACUUUUGAAUAGCACGGUACUGUCAUAUGUAUACUUGUAGGGGUUUGCAUAUUACUAGCAUGUUUUGCCUAUGCGUUGUCUAAAAGCUUUCAAAGAUACAGUCAUCCUCCUAGACGUCUAAGAUGGUACAGUCCUCUGUGCCUGUUUUUGUUUUAAAGAAAACAGACUGGCCUUGGCCAGGGCAAAAGAUAACUGACUCAGCUUUUACAAAAUCAUUGCAGGAUGUGGGGGUAGAAAGACUGGUAGCGGAAGAAGUGGAGCUGUCAUGAUGGAUUGGUUUUAUAUUGCUGAUAGAAAUCCUGUUUGAAUCAAGCUCCCCAUUGGUAUGUCACAUUAAUACAGAAAAAUACAUACUAUUUGACCGGCCUAACCAUGAAACAUUGUUAAUACAAAUGUUGUUGGCCAGCCCUUUGUAGGGUAGCUUCCUAUGAGCCUACAUUUACAGUCCUGCUAUCAAGGAAUGUAACACUAAACCUUGGUGCGGGCCUUUUCUGCUGGUUAAGAGGUCUGAGGCAGGACGAGGAGCCUUGAAAGCAAUAAGUGUGUUUCUCUCUCUUUACCUGUAAAAAUAUUGAACAAAGCCAGAUACUUGAGUAACAGCUGUCCAGAACUUUAAAGAAGCAAGGGCUGAUCAUAAAGCUUCAAGCCCACUUUCCCUUUUAUCAGAGGAGCUGAGGUUCCCACAAGGGACAGAACAGAUGCACUUUUAUGUUAUUUGCUGUUGGAGUGUGAUUUCUUGAUGGGGAGUGAAAAUUACUUAAUUUCAAAACUUUAAAUUCUUUCCCCCUUUCUCUUGGCCUUUUUAGGUUGGAAGGUAACCUGGCAAAGCACCAAGAUGUCGCUUCACAACACGAGAGCCUCAGCUCUCCUUGCUUGGGUAAGAUACCUCUUCUUUAUUCUUUGUAACUGCUUAGGAUGUGGCCACACCUUGUGCUCUGGUGCCUUCUUUUCCCUCUGCGCUAAUUGUGCUCUGUUAUCCUUGUCCAAAGUGCUUUGUGUAGCUGACAGUUCCCUUUGCGACACUGCGUUUUUGAUCCAGCAGAUCUUCCCUGUGAGAAACAAGUUACUGGGAUGUAAAACAUCUUACUUUAGGAAAGGCAAAACUGGCAGUAAAAACAGGGCAGUUGUAGCAAGAGAACCAGCUGUGUUUCAAUGACAAAACGGGCAAUGAGAUGUCUGUAACUCAAUUGUAGGGCAUCUUUCUUUUCUUUUCUUUUUCUUUUUUUGGUACACAGAAGGUUCUGGGUUCAGUUCCCAGAGUCUCCAGGUAGGGUUGAGGGAGACCUCUGCCUGAAGCCCUGGAGAGUGUUUAGUGUGCCAAUGUGAUUCAAGACCUGAUUGUAAGAAUUGAAGCAGUGUAAAUUUUAAGUUGUCAGUUAACAUGGUUUAUUAGCCACAUAUGCUCCAUUAUUUAGAAAAUGUGCAUAGAAGUAUGCAUGGGGAACUAGAUUUAAGUCAGCUUCUCCCCCCCCCCCCCCCUGAUGUAUGUAAUGGCUUUAAAUCAAUGGCACCCUGAGGAAGCAUGUCAUGGGGGGGGGGAGUUUCUUUCCUUAGAUGCUCUGUAAAGCUUUCAGAUAUGCUUGGUUCAGAUAAGUGUUGAGACCUUGGAUUUAAUCCAAAGCUUCUGGAAUUUGUUGCUUUUUAUCAGGAAAGGGGUGGAGAUGAGGAGUUUGACCUCUUUUUGAAUGCCUAGAAAGCUCCUGGCGCUUCCUGGAUGUUAUGUUGCUCCCACUCCCUCAGACUCCUUAAAGAUAUUGAUGAGAUUUACGCAUGUUUGGAAAAGGCCAUGGUUAAUGUGAGAGCUGUUAAAAUUAAGUCUACCGUAACCAGGAAAAAUUUUCAGGUACCCCCAGGCAGUCAUGAAGAAUGAGGGUUCAUUGGAGCAAUGUUGUUCAGUGGUUCCCAUAUAGAACUGUUUGUAUUAGUUCCUACGUGGGGUUAAGGCACCAAGGCAGGGCGCGUAAGAAAAUCCCUGCUGAAACGAUAUAAAUGUCUAUCUGGUCCAUCACUGUGAGCAUCCAGAGCCCUCUGAGACUCUCACAAGCAGGACAUGAGAGUACCAUCCUUCUCCCACUGGUAACUGAGGCCUGCUGUCUCCUCUGGAGGUAGCAUCUGGCCACUGGGACUUGUAGACUAAAAUCCAUGUAGAGUUGUAUCAAGCAGGAGGCAAGGAAAGGAAAUAAUUUGUACUUCUUCUGCACCCUAUUCCAAAGCCUCAUGAUCAGUUGUGAUGUACCCGUUAAGUUUUUUGCUUUAUGGCAGAUGGCUAGGGCAUGUUCCUGUUGAUGUGCUGAAGGCUAUUAUCUAUCACUCAUCUUUAUGUCUGAUCUGAGAUCCUUCCAUCUCCAAGUGCAAGGUGUAUGCAGUGCAUUGCUAAGUGCUUGUAUGUUUUCCACCAAGCUUAUGUGUGGGUAAGCUCCAAUUGGUACAUCACCACAAGUUUCAGAAUUGAUACACUGACUGAGCUGUAAGAUGCUGACCUUAUUCCUUAACUUGCCAGCAAGUGGAUUUCUAGCCUGUGAUUUGAUUCAUCUUCUCUUCUUCAGGUGAACAGUCUGAAGCUGGAUGAUACCCUGAAUUCAUUGUCUCAGCUCCAAGACUGCAGCAUCUUCAUCAAGAUAAUCAACAAAAUGUAAGAGGCACCGAGGACACCUUCCUUUUUCCUUGCUAUACUGUGAAGUCAAUGUGCAUUGCAAUGUUGUUGUUUUUUAAGUCUUGUAGGGACAGAGGCUGAAUGCUACAGCCAUUGAAGAGCAGUAGCAAAUAAUGUACAAAAAGUGAUCAGUAUAACUGCUAGUCAUGAAGAUGAUCAAGCUUUGAAGAGCCCUGCAGGCGCAUCUCCUGGUCCUUGAAAACCUUUUAGUUAGUUCCCAUCCCUGGGUCCUCUAGUGCUUUUACCUCUAUACUGUAGGCCACUCUUUGCAGUAGCAAGUGCUUGGAAACCAGCUGCUUUAAUAAUGCACCCCCCUCCGAAUGCUAAUACAGAAUUAAGUACUUGUGUGAAUUCUCAAUUCCCCAUAGCCCUGACAAUGAGCUUCCUCCCUUCCAGUGUUGUUCAAGUGCCUAGGUGAAAUCUGUAGCACUUUCAGAGUCUUAGGAAUAACCAUAGUGGAACUCAGAUGUUUUAAGGAAUUGUAGCCUGUUUGCUGUUGAUUACAUUCUUUGUCUCUUAAUUGGAUUCUGAAUUAAAUGCAGAACAUAUUCUGAUAUAGUGGUUUUUUUUAUUUGAUGAAAGUUAUUUUUGUACUUUACAUCCUAAGCUGCGAUAGCCUCUCUUGAUGCAGCUUGGCUAUUGUUACCUGUCCUACUGGACAGUUGGAGGUGCAUUUAAGAAAUGACUCCCAGUUGUGUAGGAGGAGGUAGUGAAGAGGACUUCCUUCGGAGCCUGCAUUUACUCAAAGCCUACUUAAUCCCAUUCCAUCUGGUUUUGAACUCUGAUAAACAAAUCCAUGAAACAAGCUGCCAUGUUAGGCACUUUGCCUGUGCUGUAAGAACUUUGGGGUUUUUGUAAAGGUUUGGGGAGGAUGAGGAGACUCGGUUCAAAAACUGCAAAUGAUCUGCACCUCAGUUUAUGAAGUACUGUGUAAAAGGGGUGUCAGGUUUUCUUCUAAGUCUCCUGCUGGAUUUCAGGAAUUAGUGGUGUCCCUCCAUUGCAGUUCUGUAGAUACUUAAUUUUCAUCUUCUCUUGGUAAUUGUUCUAGGAGCAUAUUGGAGGUGUGCAGGCAGCCUCAUAAUUUCUCCUGAAAUGCUUGAAAGCCCAAAGCACCCUGAAAUGCAGCUCAUAAUGCCCAGAUACCAUCUUAUUAUCUGUCUGGUGUUUUCAUAAUGCUAAGAUGCUUAAAUUACUUUUCUACAAAUGUACCCGAAGCAACAUAUAAAAAUAAAUGCUAACUACUAGAAUGUUGCAGGCAACCAAACAAUCACAAAACAAACAGCAGACAAAAGCCAGAACUCUAAAACAGGAGGGUACCAUUAAAAGUAUUGUUAAAUUUUGUUUUAAAAGUGUUACUCUGAUAUCCAAGUACUGAUAAGAAGGUGCUGAACAAUUUUGUUGGUGUUCCAAAAAUGAGGUGCCAUCAUACUCUCCCCACCAGGCCAUGUAAGGUCUUGAAAGUUAGUCACAUGUGGGUGAAGGUGACCCUCAAUGUACUCUGUCCCAAGGUGUUCGCCACCCUGGAUUCCUUUGGGAGGAAGGGCGGGAUAUGAAUUGAAUCAUAAUAAAUUUGCUGUUCUUUACCUACCUGGUUCAAGCACCUUGCAGUGAAGCAAAUCCCUUCCUUGAAUUUUUAGAGCUAACAUUUUAAUUCUUGGCAGUUUGCUGUGUCAGACUCUGAAGCUGUUUGGGUUCUGCUGAGCAGCCUGAGCUCAGAGUAGAUGAGUGUGGGUGCUUGGCUGAAAAAAAGCCACUGAUCAAACGUCCUAAAAUUGUGAAGCGUGGAACUAGGAUAGCUCACAAGUUGGUAGAGCGUGAGCCUCUUGAUCACAGGGUCGUGGGUUCGAGACCCACGUUGAGCAAAGGAUUCCUGCAUUGCAGAGGGUUGGACUAGAUGACCCUUGCGGUCCUUUCCCAACUCUGCAACUCCAUGGUUCUCAGAUACUUGUUUCAGGCAGCAUAGUACAGGGGUUGUUCCAGGCCUGACUCUUAGUGUCGCAAACUUGAGAAGCAGCACAAUUGGCUCCCCCUCGUGGCUCUUUUGGGUGCAUCACUGUGCAGUCUCUAGUGGGCGUUGCUCACAAUGUAAACAAGGAAGUAAACAGACUCUAAUCGUUAGUUAUUAAGUCUGGGGAGUUCUGCCUUUGGAUGUAAAGGAUAAGUGGAGGACACCAGGGAUAGCUGUUGUCUUUCUGAGGGUUCAUUUUGUGUUCUGGUCUGUGUUAGUCUUGCAGUCUGAUCAUCAAGUCUUUUCCCCACCCACCGUUCCCAGUAUGAACCCAGUCAGAUGCUCCCAUAGUUUCUGGUCAUACAGAGAUACCAAUGACAUUGAUAAGCAGCUGGCAAUUGUGGUGUUUCCCACUGCUGCCUUUUCAAGAACAAUCAGAUCAGCUUUCCCCAACCUGGUGCCCUCCGGAUGUUUUGGACUACAACUGCUAUCAGGCCCAGCACCAUAUGGCCAUGAUCAUUGGGACUCAUGGGAGUUGUAGUCCAAAUCAACAGGAGAUCAUGGGGAGGGCUUGAUUGGACAGCUUUAGGGACUGAUACAUCAUUUAAUCUUCUAUGUUCAUAGGAAGUCUAUUUCAGAUUGCUUUAUUGUAUGAAUGCCCUUUAUGAAGCAAGCAAAAAAAAUCCUUUGCUUUGUCUUUUAGCUAGAUCUCCUGCUUCAUUAAUGGCGUAAUAGCUUUAAAAUGCUUACUCUUUUUCACUUAAUGACACUUCUCCCUGCCCACAAAUACACCAGCCUGCUUUGAAUUGGAACUAGUUGUACCCAGACUACUUCCCUGUCCAGUUUCGCAAGGGAAACGGCUACCGUUUUACCAUGUUACAUAGCUUCAGGCUUCAAAGAGGUCCAUUCUAGGUGCCACAGUAAACAGGCUGGACUGUAGAUGUGAACUCUUCCUCAUUUGUUUCCGAUUCUCGUCAUCCCUCUGGUCAAAUAGUUCAUCAGGAAUGACUCUGUCUCUCUGUUGAAGUGCUUGCUUUGUUCUCUUCCAGUCAUGGCUCUGAAGAGGGACGGGACCCUUUGCAGCAGAGUUUGCCAGACCGGGUUGCCUAUGUCGUCGGCUUUCUCAAGAGUAAGAGAUCCUGCCACUUGGUGCAUCUUGGCUCUUUCUGAAUUUAGAUAAUCUGUUGUCUGCACAUCAGCCUGAGCCUCCAUCUGCCACACUCUCCAAUGUGGAGGAAGCUGGCAAGCAAAGCUGUUGUUAAUGCAGAAACUUCUUAACAGUCUCCCCUGUUCCUAGAAGAUAGAUAGAGUUGGCACUUCUCCAUACUGCACUACUUUUUCCCACUCAUACAGUUAAAAAUUACAAGAGUAUGUGAGCCUGUGUGCAGCUCCCACAAUGAUUUUGUGAAGACUGGACAUUGGAAGAAAGUAGCCAGCAGGUCUCUCUUCCCAUGUAAGGGCCAGGGGAGGGGAGGGGAAUCAGCAUGGCAAGACUUGCUAGGCUUAAGUUUCCCUUCUGCCUGCUGGUCCCCCUUGUGCAGGAGAGAAGAGAGAAAACUCAGCCAGAGACAUUUAGCUGCCCAGAGGUGAUUCUUACUUGCCUUGGGUCCACUUGGUGAAAGGCUAUUUCAAGCCUGAUCUCAGGUUCAGUCCAAAGGUGCUCAUGGCAAGCUGCCACAGCUAAAGGAGAGGAAGCCAUUGGAACGCCUCUGCUGCUUCUGAGCAGUAAAUGCCCCAGAGCAGCUAAAAAGAUGACAUGUACAUAGAUGUAAAGCAAUCUAAGCUUUAGAGCUGAAAUGGACAAAAAUGUAGUGGCUACACUCCUCAUUUUUGAAGCCGAAAACCUUCCUAGAUCUUUUUGAUAAACCACCCCUGCACUCUCAGUUUGGCAGCCUUCCACCUGAGGGUGGGGUGCGGGUGUGGGAUUGUUUUGGGUUCCAUAGCUAGCCUAGACCUUUUCCUUGGGGUUGGUGCUGUGAUUGAAUUCAAAGACGCCUUUUUAAAAUUCACAUUCCUCUUCCAGAACGCUGCAAGCACAAAUCCACAGCACAGAACUUGGUAUCUGAGGAGAAGCUUCUAGCAGCGGAGGAGUUGGAGCUAGCCAAGGUAUGCACACACCUGCUGCUCUCUUUAUAUAGGGGCUCAGGCUGGCAUUGUGGGAGAUGGUUGUUAGCAGCGUCAAGAGGACAUGCUGGAAUGAGAUUCUUAACGUGCCCCAGAGGGUGAGAGGGUGGUGCUCAAACAGGGCUCAAUAAGCUAAAAUGCAUUAGAAAAUAUAUGUUUUAAGGUCAUCGGCAGAAGGAAACACAUUGCAGCUUAUAAAAGGGGUGAGUGUAAUGGUAUGAAGGAGCAAUCAACAGUACAUUGUACAUGAAUAAAUAUUGGGAAAGGGAAAAAUAAGGAACAAUGUUAUGCAGAUGAUGAUUAUACGGAAAGCAAGAUAGAAUAUGAAUAUGUGACUUUGCUAUUAAACUUUGAAAACCAAUAUGCAAGAUUAAAGUUAACCAUUGGUGGGUCAUAUGCUGCCUUCCCCCACAAACUCCACCAGCCCUCUAGAUUUCCAUCAUGAGCUAGUCUCUUGACCAAAGUUUUAUUCCACUCCACAGCUGUCCUAGAUCACCUUCACUAUGCAUGCAGAUGUGCCCUCACAGUGUAGUUCAUUAACACAAGUCAUUGUUUUAAACACAUACAAUGGUGGCCUGAUAAGUGGGAGGAGCUAUUUCCAAAUAAUAGAAAAUCACGCACCAGUGGUGGAAAGAUAGCAACCAAUCCUGGAUCGACAUCCAGCUUAUUUUAAAAAGGUUCUAAGGACAUCUGUAGAAAGCUCUAUACACGACAUCAGAGUUCAUAUCUUUGCAUCUUCUGACGGGCAAAAUGCACAGUCUUGCGCUCCCUUUGUAUGUGGCAUGUGAUGUUACAUCACUCUGUCUCUGCUGUUCUUCAGGUGGUCAUGCUGCUGUUUUACUAUGCUUCCAUGAGUGAUAAGAUUCCCAGAGAAUGGACCACGGUUGAGUAUGAUCUCCAGGUAACUCAAACAUUCUGCCUCCAGCUAUAGAUGCCUUAUCAGCUAAGUGACCUUUUGGAGCCUGCUAGGGAUGGAAGAACUGUCUGUGGUGAUGGUUUUGGGGUGGCUCACAUUCCACAAAGGAUAGUCCAAGCUAAAGCUGCAGAGGGGAAAGCUUGCUUAAAGGGCAGGAUACCUUCCUCUGGCUUUACAUGUGACCAGAAGUUCCUUUGGCUGGGAACCACAAGUAGGGAGGGCUGCACAUUUCCUCCAGUGGGGGCAACUGGUUGGCCACUGUGGGAAGAGCCGUGUGCUGAACUAGAGGAGCCAUUUGCCUCAUCCAGCAACAAAGGCUGCUCUUAUGUUCACAGUUGCUCAUGCUGCCCUGUCUCUUCCUCCUCCUCCUCCCUGUUCCCUUAGGCGGAGAUGGCUAAGUCGCUGAACUUCAUGUUGUACAAUGAAGAUUGCCUCGGUGAGAAUCUGGAGACCUUCCUUCAAAAGAAAAGUAAGUGCCGGGUGAGCAUGGGGGACUGAAAUACCUUCAGGGGCACGAGGCUGCCAUGCUGACUUCAGUGGCUCAACCCAGAUCGGGCCACACAGUUUGAUCUCAUGGCUGCCCCACUGCAGGUUUGUUAGAACAGCAGUGAGCAGCGGGAGGGGGGCAGCGGUUCCUAUACAGCGAGUCUAAAGAGGAUAAAGACUGAGUCACUAGUUGGGGGUGGCGUUUUUUGGUGAGCUGUCUGUUGAGAUGCAAGUGUUCUUGGUGAGGUUAAGGCAUUGGUUCAAAAGCUUCUGUCUGGCUUUUCCACAGGUUCUUUCAAAGCAAGCAGAAGCCAGGUGUAGGCAUUAGCAUGGCAGAAUUUACAGAGGGUGGGGAGAGUCAAAGGGAACGAUGCUGGCUGAGCUCUUGCAAAUUGGUCGGAGUGAGCAGGAGCUUUAACGGCUGGAAAUACUGCAUUGAUACAGAAUACUGCUGUCCAGAGCUGAGUUACAGCCCUUAUGUGGCGGCUUCUGAAAAACACUUCCCUGUGGAGGUAUUCUGUCUGGCAGACAAAGCCUCUUCUUGCUUCUGGCCCAUUGGCAUGCAGCAUCUCCACGCCAGUGAUGCACAUCUCCAGCCUCAAUCAAGUUGUGUAUCUGCAUGCAAAUGAGUCAGAAGAAGAUUUUAUGCCUUGUAAACUUUCCAUGUUGGAUACAGAGUAAACAUCAUUGUGCAGCCUUUGUAUGGGGCCCCUAAACUGCAGAGAAUCCUGGAAAGUGGGUUUCUCCUUGUCCUCACAAGACAUUUUGAUUGUGUGUUGUGUUUGCCUUUAGAUUGGCUGGCUGUUACUGUCAAUGAAAAGCCCUUUAUGCCUUGGGAACAUACUAUCUCCCAUUUGGUAUUCCUGAUUCUAUAAGCCACUCAUAGCCCCUCUUGCUUGCUUUUUUCUUCCUCCGCUAAAAAAAACCACCUGAAACAUUUUCUUCAUAAGCUGGUUGAUCUGUCCACUUAAUAAACCGAAUUGUUCAUUCCUUGAACUUCUUCAGCUGACCCAAACAGGGUGGAUGGGGAGUGAAUGGACCCUGGGCUUAAGGUUUUGCUUAUUUUGCUUCUUUCUUUGCUGCUGCCAAGCUGGCUCUGACAUCCUGCACACCCCUCCCUCUUCCUCUAGUGCCACAAUCAUCCAGUAUCUCCAGCACCAGCUCGGAGGAGACCACCCCACCAAGGCGAGAGGUACACUUCUUGAAGCUGCAGAAGGUCGCCUCUUCAUCCGGCUUGAAUAAGUAAGUUAUUGACGAGUUGCUUCCCAGGAUUCGUGGUUGUGAUUCCAGCAGUCUGAUGUCACACAGGCAGAUGGAAACCCUCCUUUCAGGGCACUUGCAGGAUUUGAUAUGGCCCCUGCCUGGGGAAACCAAAUUCUGUUCCAAGGAGACACCAGAUCUCUGCUUUUGAUUUAACUAAGUAACUUGAGGCUUUUUCCUCAGCUUGUGAAGGUGGAAUCUGUUUUGUUUUUUUUUGUAGAAUUCCGAGUUGCCUUUGGAAGCGUGGAAUUCGUGGUUUGCACAGAAACUGGCAGGGAUAGAAUAAAGAGGUGGUGAAGAGAUAAGGAGUUGUAUAGGCAGUGAAGCCCCAUACCUUAAUUAUUAACAGUUAUUAUUAUUAUUGCAUUAUCGCCUGCCCUUCACCAGCAGAUUCUAGGUGGGUUAUAACAAUAUAAGACACAGAAUUGAAAACAGUUGAAGGAAAUUCAGUCGCAGGAAUAGGCCGGGUUGUGAAAACAUGUUGUACCUCUGGUGUCAAAGGCUGGAGUAAAGAGGCUUCCUGGGGUAGCCAGGUGAGGCCUGGGAACAGAGUUCUUCCUCCACCACAGCACCCCCAUGCGGCCAAACUGUGUGUCUGCUCAAAACAGAAUUGGUGAAUCCCAUUGUGGGUGCAGGUGGGCUAAGAGACCUUAAAUGUCAGUUUGGAAAGCGUAUGUGUGCCUGCUCAAUUUAUGUUUCCAGUGAUAUGCCCAAGGAAGGAGUUUACAUUUAAGCCAACUUUAUGGAAACUUCUAAAAAUAGAAGGUAAUAACAUAAAAAUGUAUGUGAAUGACAAUAUAUCAAAUAUCAUCUAGAUUACAGAGUCAGCUGAGUAGCUGUAAGACUUCACAAGACCUUGGGUCUCUAUGGUUCCUUAGAUCACUUAAUAACAUGUUCAUUAGAUCUAGGUUCCCCCACUCCCACACAGUGUUUUUCUGGUGAACAGUUUGAAGGGAAACUCAGGAAAAUACAGUGCAUUCCCCUGAGACAGUUCUCUUUUAAGCAGCUCUCACUCCAGCCCUUUAAAUAGUUCCAAGUAAAAUUUUUUAAAGCAAUGUUAUUAGGUUCUGUUUGAGUGUCUGCUUCAGGAGAAGGGACCAUAGCUCCAUGGUAGAGGGCCUGCUUUGCAUUGAGGAAGCGCCAGGAUUAAUCCCCACGGGCACCUCCAGAUGAGACCUCUGCCUGAAAUCCUGGAGAGCCACUGCCAGUCAGUGUAGGCUGUACUGAUCUGGAUGGACCAGGGUUUGACUCAGGAACACAGGAAGUUGCCUCACACUGUUUGCCAAGUGGGGCCAGAAGAAUUCUGGAAGCCUGAUUGGGAGCGAGUUCUGCCGUCAGCCGUAAUGGAAGGUGGUGCAUGUCGUAGAGCCUGAGCUGCGUCCACUUCUUGGCACUCUCUUUGUGAUCUCACAGAGGGGCUUGUUCAGCUGGGCUCUCAUUGCUGUCUGCAGUUGGAACUGCACUGACGUUGGCCGUGCUCUCAUUGGCUGAGUGGCAUGGGAUAAGUCGGGAUUUGAACUCUGCUUCAACCUCUUUGCAGCUUUCAUGGUGGUAUCCCUGGCUCUCCAUUGCUAGUAUUUGCUGAACUUGAGCAGAGAGGAGCUAGGAACAGCAUUGUCUUACUCUAGACCCUCUUCCCUGUUACAAUUGCAGGGAUGGCUUUCUAAGACCAUAUUAACUUGAGCCCUGUAGCCUGAGUGAGGUUAGCACAGCAUGCUAGGGGACAUUGCAAAACACAUCUCUUCGUGUGUCAGCUAGAUAAAUAGGAUGGCUGGGCCAUGUUUCUUGGCACAAUGUGGAAUUUUUAAUAGCGCUUGUAGAAUCUGAAUGGUUAACCAUUUAUACUUGUUUCCUUUUGCUCAGCAAGAGUUUUGUGCAAGCGUCUUUCACAUGUAAAAAAUAAAAAUUCAAAUGCAGAUGGCUGGUACUUCUUUGCAGGUUGCUCCCCGGCUCCUCUGCCUCUCCUAUGGGUGACAUCAUGCAUUCACCCCAGUUUCAGAUAAGGAAGCUGAAGAAGCUGCUGGAAGACGAGAGAGAAAAUCGAGAUGAGCUGGAACACGAGCUGGCAGAGAGCCGAAAACUCGUUGAUGAGAAAGGUGAGGGGGUCAGCCACUGGAGUGGAGUGGUUCCUGCCAGGGUGCUGAGACAAGCAGAGCCCUUUUCUCAAGCACUUUUUGUGGGAAGAAGCAAUGAAAGUGCUCCUGAACCUCUCAGUUGCAGGAAAAGAGGGUGGUAGCAGUGAACCAUCAAGGAAUGGGUGUGACGGCAAAAGCAAUGCUAGCGGUUCCUUGGAGACUGUAGGUGUGGGUUUUUUCCUGCUGUUUUAACUGAUGUUGUAUGGCUGCUGCCCUGGGCUCCUAGAGGGAGCUUGGGACAAAAAAACAUUAUUAAUAAUUGUUGCACGCCACCCCAAUCUCAGCGGGCAAGAUUCCAGUGGUUCCAGGUCCGCUUACCCAGGGUUCGUGUUUCCUUUUGGAAAUGAGGCACGGCUCAGACUGUGGUGUCUUUAGGAUAUAUGGUUUGUUUACACAUAUAUACAACCUGAACCUGCGAUGGAGGGACUCAGAGCAUUAGCUCCUCAAAGAAGAAGAAGAAGAAGAGUUUGGAUUUGAUAUCCCGCCUUUCACUCCCUUUAAGGAGUCUCAAAGCGGCUCACAUUCUCCUUUCCCUUCCUCCCCCACAACAAACACUCUGUGAGGUGAGUGGGGCUGAGAGACUUCAGAGAAGUGUGACUGGCCCAAGGUCACCCAGCAGCUGCAUGUGGAGGAGCGGAGACGAGAACCUGGUUCCCCAGAUUACAAGACUGCCGCUCUUAACCACUACACCACACUGGCUCUCAGGGCCUUGUUUGCAUAGCUGCAGCCUUGAAUUCAAACAAAUUCACCACUGUGCGCUGACCCUCUCUCCAGCUUGCUGCCUUUGCCAGCCUGCAACCAUUUUUCAUCGCUAGGUCACAUUGCAGCCAACCCUAAAGACUCCACUUUAAACUCUCCCUCUGUCUUCUAACCAACUCUCUCAUUUGCUAUUGGCCCAGAGCCCCCUCCUUCUUUGGUUUUCCUAAUGGCUCAUUACCUUCCCAGUGUUCUCUAAAUGGCUCAUCUCCCAAGCGUUUACCUCAGGCAUAGGCAAACUCUGGCCCUCCAGAUGUUUGGGACUACAAUUCCCAUCAUCCCUAGCUAACAGGACCAGUGGUCAGGGAUGAUGGGAAUUGUAGUCCCAAACAUCUGGAGGGCUGGAGUUUACCUAUGCCUGGCCUACCUCAUCAGGAAACUGGCCUGGCUUCUAUUUUAACAUUUGCCUUGAUUAAAUCCCAACCCCUACUGAACCCAGGAGUUUUAGAGGAGUCUGGUACCCACAAGUGCAUAACAUAAUAAUCUAACUAGGAGGAAUAUGAUCUAGAUAAGAACUAGAUGAUGUGUUAGGAUCCUAAUGGAACUUUCCAUGGACUAGAACGUAAAAUCCUGCUCCUAAUUGUGGUCAGCCGUAGAUCCAUCUGGCAAACCACUUUACUGGCCCCACCAGCUCUCCUUUCUGUUAAAGAGGGCACAUGCCAGACGCAAACACCCUCACUCUCCUCCCUCCAAAUUCUGCAGUCAGAUUAAAUUUCUGCAAAGUGAGCAAGUUGCCUAAUCCUGCGUUCAGAUGCCAUUGUUAUUUGUCUUUGUUCCCUGUGCUGCUCUGUCUAUUGUGCAACCUCUGCUAGGAGGCAGAGCAACACACAACCCGUCCAGAGUCGCUUUGUCUGGAUGGAGAGGAGCCUAGUUGCUGUACAGGGGGAAGCCACCAUGUGCCUUUUAGUUUCUGAAUAAUCAGUGCCCUCUCUUCUCCCCUCCUGCUUCAGAAACGCGGAUCCUGAUGAUGAAGCAGCGGAUCGACCGCCUGACCCUCCUACAUGAGAAGCAAGCAGCGGAUCAGCUGGAAUCCAAGGAAAUGGAGGAACUCAGAGAAAAAAACGAGAGGUACUUCCUCCCUCGGGCUGGAAUGUCCCACUAGGGCAGCCCCUCUGGUUUCCUUCAUUUUGUGUCUUGCUCACUGCUUUGAAGACUUAAGUCGAAAAGUGGGAUAGAAACCUACUAAAUAAUACUGAUUUGCUCUGUUGGACUUUCCUGGCUCAGAUUUGGGGUGCUGGGUUGUUUUGAAGAAGACUUUGCCGGGUAAGAAAAUAGUGCUGGCCUCUGGCUUUACCUGCUGGUCAAAGGUGGUGAGGACACCUUGGGAACUAGGCAGUUCCCACCGUGCACGUCAGUUGUUCCUACCUUUAAUCGAAGCAGCCAGGGUCUCUCCUUAGCUCCUGCCCUUUUCAUUAUCCUUAUUUGUCUUAUUAUCUUACUUGUUUUUACUGCCCUUCACUAUCUUUUGUGUGCUGUUUCGGCCUUUAGUGCCUUCCUUGCCAUGACUUUGCCUUAAAAGGCUCCAACCAAUUUGCUCUCCACCCUCCUAGCAUUUUUGCUUAUCUUGUCUACCCUCCACCUUGUCCUUUCUAUCAGCUAUGAAGCUCACCCACUAACCCAGGGCCAGUCGCUGUCUCUGAGAGCAGUACACGUGAAAAGGAUCUAGGAGUCUUGGUUGACCACAAACUUGACAUGAGCCAACAGUGUGACGCGGCGGCUAAAAAAGCCAAUGCAAUUCUGGGCUGCAUCAAUAGGAGUAUAGCAUCUAGAUCAAGGGAAGUAAUAGUGCCACUGUAUUCUGCUCUGGUCAGACCUCACCUGGAGUACUGUGUCCAGUUCUGGGCACCACAGUUCAAGAAGGACACUGACAAACUGGAACGUGUCCAGAGGAGGGCAACCAAAAUGGUCCAAGGCCUGGAAACGAUGCCUUAUGAGGAACGGCUAAGGGAGCUGGGCAUGUUUAGCCUGGAGAAGAGGAGGUUAAGGGGUGAUAUGAUAGCCAUGUUCAAAUAUAUAAAAGGAUGUCACAUAGAGGAGGGAGAAAGGUUGUUUUCUGCUGCUCCAGAGAAGCGGACACGGAGCAAUGGAUCCAAACUACAAGAAAGAAGAUUCCACCUAAACAUUAGGAAGAACUUCCUGACAGUAAGAGCUGUUGGACAGUGGAAUUUGCUGCCAAGGAGUGUGGUGGAGUCUCCUUCUUUGGAGGUCUUUAAGCAGAGGCUUGACAACCAUAUGUCAGGAGUGCUCUGAUGGUGUUUCCUGCUUGGCAGGGGGUUGGACUCGAUGGCCCUUGUGGUCUCUUCCAACUCCAUGAUUCUAUGACUUAACCUGCUUCGUAGCGUUAUUGUCAAGAAAAUGCAAAGGAUCCAUGUGCAUUUGCUCUAGCCCAGCUCCUUGAAAGAAAGGAGAGGGAGGAAAUGCUGUCAGUGCUCUAGGGACUGUGCCACUGCUGUGGUGUUAUAGUAUCUGGCACAUGGGUGCCAUUUAAGAAACAGCUGAGAGUCAUUUGCAAAUCUGUUCCCUAGGCACACCUGGCUUAUGAUUGCCUUCAUCUGCUUGGAGUUGAUUCUUCUUUAAAACAGCUGAGAAUUAUUCUCUUCCUCCUUCAGACUUGUUUGUAGCUGACAUUCAGUGGGGAGAGAGGAGGAAGGCAUGUCUUCUUUCCCCUCAUUUACUCUCCCCUCUCUCAAGCUCCUGAUCAUUCACUUGGAAAGGGGAAGAUGUGGAAUCUUGGUCCCUGUUAUAUCCUAGGAAUCCAUGGAAAGCAGGAGCUGAUGUGCUCAGUCUAGGGCAGGCUUUCCCAAACUUGGGUCUCUGGCUGUUUUUGGACUACAAUCCUCAUCAUCCCUGACCACUGGUUCUGUUAGCUAGGGUUGAUGGGAGUUGUAGUCCAGCAAAAGCUGGAGACCCAAGUUUGGGAAACCCUGGACUAGGAUUUGUUGGCCCUCUGUUGUUGCUUUAACUAAACCCCCUUUUCAGAAGUUGACUUGGGCCCUGACUGAGGGAUUCUGGUUUGUCAGCCCCAAAGAGCCUUGCGCGUGGCAUCUUUCAAAGUCUACUGUAUUGGACUUUGGAUUUCAUAGUACUUAAAGGGAGCUGAGCUGUUCUAAGCAUGGAGCUCCCUCAAGAAGUUAUAGCAGCAGCAACCCUUAAAAGCUGUGGAGCAAGGCAGGCAACCAGGCUUUCUUUCAACCCAAAGAGCUCUCGGCCUUGUAGUGGAGGCUCAAGCCCCGCCUGUGUGUUACCUGCUUCCUACGAUCAUAGAAUCUGCAUUGCAGGAAUCUCAGCUGAGGCAUCCAUGACAGAUGACCAUCCAGCCUCUGCUUAAAAACCUCCAAGGAAGGAGGUGAUCCGCCCCCUGUGUUGGGAGAGGUUCCCUGAGCUGCUGCCCUGCUCUUGGCUCCAGAGCCCAGGCCAAGGGAGGGAGCCACUCUUGCCCUCAAGUAGCGCUCUUGCUUCUUGUCAUGCCUGCCUCUCUCUCUUUCUCCCUCAGCCUCCUCAUGCGCCUACAUGAGACACUGAAGCAGUGCCAAGACCUGAAAACUGAAAAAGGCCAGAUGGACCGGAAAAUCAACCAGCUCUCAGAAGAGAAUGGGGAUCUUGCUUUCAGGGUACGUGAGCACCUGUUUUCUGUUGCUGCAGCAGCCUGGUAGUCUCCAAAUGUGGGGUUGGGGGUGGGGAGAAGCACACUUAUACUGGACCUGCAGGCUUCCGUUUUGGAAAGGAACUAAGCGAGGUUGAGGUAUUGCCUCUGCCUGAAACUCGGGUGACCCUUGAUUCCUUUUCUGCACCUUGAGAUCCUGGAAAGGGUUCGUUGAGUUUUGGUCUUGGAGCAGAAAGGCAUUGAGGUGGCACCCUGGAGAAAUGUGCCCCGUUCUCAGUUCAUGUGUCGUAAGACCACAGGGAAUCUUGAACUCAAGCGGUUAUUUCAUUUAUUUAUUAAAAAUAUUUCUAUCCUGCCCUUCAUCUAUACAAAUAGCAAGAAACAGUACAUGAAACAAACCAUAUAAUAAUUACAAAACACAGCAUCAGAAUAAAAAGAGGCAAGUAAAAACUACAGCAGCAGAGCGGGUUACACAAGUCCCCAUGUGAAGGCCUUAGAGGAACUUGUGGUUCCCUUACACAGAGUCAGGCCACUGGUCCAUCUUGUCUGCUCUGACUGGCCGUGGUUCCCUGGGACCCUCAGGCAGACAGAGAGAUCUCUUCCCCAUUACCUGAGACCCUCUUAACUAUAGAUUAGACCUGCAACAUGCUGGAUGUAAAGGAUGGACUCCAACCUGAGCUAUGAGGUCCCUUUCAUAAAACCUCGGUCCCCCAAUUCAGUGCCCCUUAGCAAUGCUUAUGCUUGUCUUUGAAUUGAACACAGGGACCUCAGAGGAAUCCCAACAAGCCAACUGAGCUAUAACCACCUGUAUUCCACCAGGAGUGUUAAUACUGUUAGCAGACCUUACAGCUUGGGUAAAUUAGAUUGGAAUAAUAACUUAGUUUCUGGAGUUCAGAGGCUUUAUUGAUGCAGGAACUAUUAAUAGGAUUAGUGGAUCUGCGAGAGAUGAAAUUUUGCAUCCUGUCUCAACAAGCUGGGAGAAAACAGCAACAAAAUUGGUCAGCCUUUAAGGGGUGGAGUUAGCCUAUAGAGACUUGCAAGCAAGUGCAGACUAGGUUGCUAGACAGUGUCCUCCUGUGGUUUAAAGUAACACAUGAAUUGUCUUAGAAGUUCAUUGAGAAGGAAAUGUUAUUUGCUUGUCUCCAACAAAUGCCAGCCACGUUUUGCUGCUGCCUUCUUCAUGUUUCAUUACACACUUGCAGUAGAGGGUUUGUUCUGCACAGUCUGCCACAAUUUCAGGGCAGGGGAGUUUGUACCAAUGCUAAAGACAAAGGCAGCAAGUGUCAAAUAAAUCCUUUCCCUGUUUUUGCAACACAGCUGCGGGAAUUUGCUCACGUUCACACGGAGCUUCAGGAAGCCAUGAAUGAGCUCUCGGAAGAGCACAACACAGCUCUAAGGGAAUGGGAGGAGCAGAGGAGCCGCCUGGAGAGGGAGCUGAGCAGUGCCCUCAGUGAGAAGGUCAGUGGGCAGGAAGAGACACCCCCCUUCCACCCCCAGGGGGUAAGGCCAGGAGGUCUGUUCUCCUCGUCCAUAUGGUCAUCACCGUCAUUGAUUUUCUGCAGUAAAUGAUGCUUCAGCCUGCUAACAAAUACAUAAUUUCACUAAGCUACAAAAUACAGGAUUUUUUAAAGAAGUUAAUGAAAAUGUCUCAUUAACAAAUAAUCAGAUUAAACAACCCCCCUCUAAUUCAUAAGAAGGCUGAACGACAAAAAGACAAAAAAAAAUUAAACAGCAAAAACAAUGUACCACCAAAAUUAAAGCCCCUAAACAGCCCCCUGCCCUGAUUACCUCUAGACAUCCUGAGCAGCGUGUUUCUCUGGACUGGCAGGUAAGGUGGCCUCUGGCAACUUCAGCAGCAGCUUUUGUAGUUGGGAUCUUGGCUUGGCUUUCCCAGGCAGAGUGGAAAUAGGCCAGCAAAGUAAGGAGCAGGUUAGAUUGGCUCUGGUACCUUCAGCAGUAGCUUUUAUAGCCCAUAAUAGGAAUGGCCUGAAGAAGUAGGUGGGCCAUUUGUACAUCCUACAGUGUGCCGAAAAGGGAUUUGUAACAACACGGAUUAAGUUCCAAGGGCCUCUGCUUCUGGUCAGGGAUAUUUGCCUUUCAACAGAUGCUUCUGUCAUGCUUCCUGGGUAUGUUCUGAGUAGGCUCAAAACAUAGUUGCUGCUUGUGGCUGCCACUUCCGUUGUGCUCUCCCCCAAGAAGAGCUAUUUAAGGGGGUUGUGGGUAUGUGCCGUAAUGGUGGUGGCUGUUCAGUUGUUAUGCUUCACACAUUUCACUCUAACAAGCAGGGAGCCCUCCCCCUUGACGGAGAGGAGGUCAUCCCUGGGCUCAGUCUUCGGCAACAGGGGUUGGUGUAGGGUGGGGGAGUGAGUUGCAGAUAAGUAAUGUGGCUUUUUCUUUGUUGGACACCACACAGUCACAUGGGUAGAUCCCUGGAAAAGUUCACUAGCCGGAAAGGAGGAGGCUCUGUGUGCUCAUUGCCCAUGGUCCUUUGCCUCCCUGGACCAGAAGAGGUGUGAGCAGGUGCAUCUGCCUCCAGCAGUCAGAGGUGAUGCGGUCUUCUGUGGCGGUGGCUGUUGCUGGUUGGGGGCGGGGAUGGCCCAACUGGGUUGAUGGUUCUUUCCAACUCUGGUUCCACAAUUCCAUUCCCCACCUGUGUCCUGUUCUCCAGAGGUGCUUGGAAGAGAAGCUGGAGAUUCUGCAGGGAAAGUACUCCUUGCUGGAGGACCAGAUGGCGAAGCUGAGGGAGACCACUUCCUUGCCAGAGAAAGGAGAGGUCAUGGGCGACAUUCUGAAGGUAGGAGCAGGGCCCUGGCGAGACGGAUCCCAGUAGAGAAAUGUCACUUGUCACACGGGGGGGGGGGGGCCGGGGCGGUCAGGUGGCUCGCUUCGUGAAACCCUUGAUAACGCCGUGUCACCAACCAGUUGAACUGCAUUGUUGUAUAAAAAGGAGUGUAUAUUUCAGGUGCCACAUAACACCCCUUCCGCAUUUGUAAGAACUCUCUUACCUUUUUGUGUGGCAGCACCUGCACUUUGGAACUCCCUGCCUGUUCGGCACCUUCACUGUACCCUUUUCAGUGCCUGCUAAAAACAGUUUUGUUUAGACAAGCCUACCCAGGUGUUUAGAAAGUUGAAGCAAAUAUUAAUCUGUUUUUAGUCUAUUUAGUCUAUCCCCAAAAUCAUUGUUGCUAAUUUUUCUUGGUGAUAAUUUUGUUUUUUUGUUUUUUGUUUUUUUGUAAGCCACUCUGAGGCUGUGUGUUUUUCCACAGUCAAGCAGUGUAUAAAUCUUAUGAAAUUAUAAAAAGGGAUGUUCUUGAUUAAAAUAUACAUUCAUGCUCGUCCCAUGUCCUCAGAACAGAUAUUUUUGUUGAAUAAGAGGUGGGGGUAACUAAUGUUGCCCAAUGGACUGGAUGAAAAGGUGGCCACGCUCAGCUGACGGGCAUUUGGUGCCAAAUUCAAACUGCCAAAUGCCAGCUGUGCUGGACACUUGGGGUGGCACUUUGAGUGCCUGGCUCCCCAUGGUUCCUUGCCAGCUGCGGCUUUACCUGUCCCAGGCCUGGUGGCAUAUGACAUUGGGUGAGUGGCAAAGGGGUGUGGCUGGCUGGAAAGGGCCUCACGGACCAGGCAUUCCCCACCUCUGAAUCAGACUUUAGAGCUUGUUUCUUACGAUAAGUGUGCCCACGGGAACGAUUUGCCAAGGGAUUCUGCAUCAGCUCUGCUCGGAGGCGCAGGCCAGUGACUCACCUAUGUUAGGCUCGUGGUUUCAGUCAUGAAACUGCGUAACGGAAAACCACAUCUGGGCAGUUCAGGCCACUCUUUGCAGAGUUAAUGCAGGCACUAGUGGCUUUUUAUUGUUAAUUCAAAAAAACAUUAAUAGCUACUUUGAUUCUUUACGUGUUAACAUUGGAUAUAUUUAUAGAGACACUUCCUUAAAAAAAGAGGGUGACUUGAGGGAAUGUCUGCCUUCGUUAUUGCUAACAGUCCUAACUAACCACAACACUGUUAACUUGGACCAUUGUAAAAAUAUUUGAUUCCGUUUCUGUUGUUAAUGGACUAUAACUAACCUGAAAAGUCCCUUCAGUUGUAGGAGUUGUGUCUCUCUGUGUAUUCCCAGAUAUUGUUAGGUGGUGUUUUGGUCCACUGAUUGUUAGCCUGGUCCACUGUAUUGCAGGGCCUGCCUUAGUUCUGGACUUGCCUACUCUUUCCACUCCCUACAGCUUCCGCCUGCCUUACUGGCCGGUACAUGUAUCUUGUGGUCCACCCUGAGAUCUUUGGAUGAAGGGCAGUAUAUAAAAUAAAGUAAGUCUGCCCCUGGCAUUUCAAAUGCUUUAGUCAGGCUCUGCUGUCUUUAAAAACAAACAACAGCAGCAAAACAAAAGCCAAACAAAUUUAAAACAGCCUCCACAUUCAUUAAAGGUACAAAGUGGGGGAAGUGACCUGUGGCAUACACAGUUGGGUAGUUUGGAUCCUCUGCCUUGGCUGGUUUCCGCUUCAGACAGGCAGAGCUGACGUCUCUCGAGUGUGGUGCUGAAUGCUGAUGAAUACAAAUCAUGGCCUUCUGUCUAGACACAGCCUCAUUCUCACCGAGGAGUGGUAUGGUCAACUCAACUUGGUGUGGAGAUUACAUUUUGGGGAUUGCAUGUAAACCCAACAUCGCAAACAGUCAAAACAACCCUUUAAAAGCCAUAAAAUAUAAUAAUAAUAAUAAUAAUAAUAAUAGUAAUAAUAGUAAUAAUAGUAAUAAUAGUAAUAAUAAUUUAUUAUUUGUACCCCGCCCAUCUGGCUGGGUUUCCCCAGCCACUCUGGGCAGCUUCCAUAGAAACCAAAAAUACACUAAAAUAUCACACAUUAAAAACUUCCCUGAACAGGGCUGCCUUAAGAUGUCUUCUGAAUGUCAGGUAGUUGUUUAUCGCUUUGACAUCUGAUGGGAGGGCGUUCCACAGGGCGGGCGCCACUACCGAGAAGGCCCUCUGCCUGGUUCCCUGUAGCUUUGCUUCUCGCAAUGAGGCCCUCGGCGCUGGACCUCAGUGUCCGGGCUGAACGAUGGGGGUGGAGACGCUCCUUCAGGUAUACUGGGCCGAGGCCGUUUAGGGCUUUAAAGGUCAACACCAGCACUUUGAAUUGUGCUCGGAAACGCACACAGGGCUACACUUACUGCACACUCCCAAGGUCGCCCUGCACAUCUGAAUGCUCUCCCAGGGUGAGUGCAAUGGCAGGUAGGAUUGCUGGCUGUCUUCCCCCCUUUUGACUCCCCCACCUUUUCCACAUGUUAGAGGGGGAUUUUCCACUGGUGGCAGAUGACAGAGACUGUGACACACUGAGACCGGUGUAAAACCAAACUAAAUAAAGACUUUAUUUCAAAACAACAAACAGCAAAGCUAGUGGGUGUUUUUCCUGCAGGCAGAGUACAAACUGCAGCUUUUCUCCUUUUGUAGCCAUGGCCAGCUGUACCCAAUUAGCCCAGAGCUCACAAAAACUGUUCUUAAAGGUACAAACAUGUUUCUGUGCAGAAUGUCUCCCAACACCACACACGCUCCUUUAAAAAAAACAAAAAACGGUCAAGCAUGUAAAGCUGAGAUAAUGUAAGUUAAGUGCAUAAGCUGUGAGUCUGUAUUUGGGCAGUAUUGGAGGGGAAGGAGCAAGGCUCGUUCUGUGUGUUCUCUGGGUGCAUAACCUUGUUUGCUGUUCCUUGUCCCACCAGCUUGAAGAACUGAACCAGCAGGUGGCCCACCUGAGUGGCCAGCAGACCGAGCUGCAGGCAACGGCCCUCCGCCUCGAAGAGGAGAAGCACCUGCUUGAGGCCAGCCUCCAGUCUGAGAGGAGCAGCUUUGAAGCAGAGAAGCGCCAGCUCACAGGCCUGCUCACGGAGCUGCAGAACUCCCUCUCGGAGAGCUCUCGAGGCAAGGAGAAGCUGGAGCAGGAUUUGCGUGCCCAGGAGGAGAGCCUGGUCGCUCAGGUCAACGCCCUGACGGCUGAGAUCGCCAAGCUGAUGGGCUUCCUCCACCAGAAGGACCAGGACCUGCUGGUUUUGCAGCAGCAGAAGGGCCAGCUGGCCGAGGACUUGCAGAAGAGCGAGCAGGCCUCCCGGGCAGCCCUUCAGGAGCUGAGCCUCCAGGUAGACCAGCUGACCAGCACGCUGCAGCAGAGCAGCCAGAAGCUGACGCAGGUGGAGGCUGCAGGCCAGGAAGCAUACAACAAGGCCGCCCAGGAGAAAGAGCUGGCCCUGAGGCAACUCCAGGAGAAGGAGGCAGAACUGUCUGCCCUGACCGAGCGGCUGCGUGCUCAGAGUGCCACUGCCACGGAAGCCCAGAGGGAGAAGGCCGAUCUGAGCCACAAGGUCCAGGAGCUGGAGGCCAGGAUCUUGGCCCUCACCGCCCAGUGCCAGCAGAGCGAGGCCCAAGCAGGAGCCGUGUCGGUGCUGAAAGGCCAGCUUCGUGAGGCACAGCAGAAGCUGGCUGACAAGGAGAAGCUGGCCAAGGAGAACACCCGUCUCCAGGAGCGGCUCCUGAUCCUGGAGGAGUCCGUCUGCAACACAGAAGGCAUCUUGGAGGAUGAGAAGAGGCGGGCGGCCGAGUCCCUGGAGGGCAACCUUCGGCGGAUUGCAGAGCUGGAGGAGCAGAUUCAGGAACUGAGCAAGCAGCGGGACCAGGUCCUGCGGGAGAUGGGUGAGGAGAAGGCCCAGAGGCAAGCCUUGGAGCGACAAGUGCAGCAGCUGGGGGAAGCGUCCAGGACCAAGGUGGAGGAGCUGCAGCACCAGAUGGCAGAGCUCUCCUCUGUGGCUGCCAAAGGAGACCCAGGGGAGCUGGGGAGGCUUAAGGAGAAGGUCCGAGCGCUGAGCGGGGAGAAGGAGCAGGACCACCGGAGGCUGCAGGCUGAGCAGCAGAAGGUGGCAGAACUGGAGGCUCAGGUGAAGCACCUGAACAGCAAGCACCAAGGAGCACUGGCUGAGCUCCAGGCGGACUUGGCUCGUGCCACGUCACAGAUCAAGGAGAAGGAGGGCACAGAGGACCAGCUCCGGGCAGAGAUUGCCUCUCUGCAGGAGAAGGUGGCUGUGGCUCAGAAGGAGGCUGCCCAGAGCCUGGCCAAAGGGAAGAAGGAGGGGCACGAAGCAGCCCAGGCGCUGGAAGUUGUCACCAGGGAGCUGGCUGAGGAGAAGCGCAAGGUAGCCGAGCUGGAGGCUCAAGUGAGGCUGGCAGGGGAUCAGAGCCAUAAGGACCUGAGUGCAGCUGAGUCCAGCCUCUCUAGCACCAGGGCAGCCCUGAAGGAGAAGGAGCGCGAGACGGAGAAGCUGUCUGGCCAGCUCAAGUCCUUGAAGGCCAAGCUGGAAGAGGCCUCCCAGCAGCAGAAGCAGGAGCUGGCUCUGCACAAGGAGGAAACCAAGCGGCUGGCGGGCCAGGAGGAACGGGCCAGGGCGGAACUGGCCGCUGAGAAAGUCAGCAAGGCAGCCCUGGAGGUGCAGCUGCAGAAUGUCACCAACGAGCACCGAGUGGAAGUCUCUGGGCUCCAGGAGGAGGUAGCCAGGGCCCAGGAGCUGGUCGGGGAGAAAGAGCAGGAGCUGGAGGAGUUGCGCCUCAAGAACAUCUCCCGCAGCGAGGAGCUAAGGGACCUGCAGAAGACGGUCAGCAAGCUGAAGGGGGAACUGGCCUCCGCCGAGGCCCUGAAGGAGAGGGCUGCCAAGAUGGAGAGCGAGCUGCAAGGGUUCCUGGAGGCAGCCCGGACCCAAAAGGCUGAGAUGGACAGCAUCAAGUCGAUGAUGCACUCCAAGGACGCCUCCCUCAAGAGCCUGGAGGAGCAGAAGCGGCAGCAGGAGCAGGAGUCCACCUCCAGCCGAGAGCUCUACCAGGGGCAGCUGAAGGAGUGCGAGGCUCUCCGCGCGCAGGUGGAGAGGCUGGAGAAGCAGUGCAAGGAGCAGCAGAUCACCGUUGCCCGGCUGGAGAAGGUGGCAGCUGCCUCUGAGCGGGAGCAGCAGGUCGAGGCGGAGGCUUUGAAGCAGGAGGUGGCACAGCACAAGGAGAGGGCCGCGGAGCAGGAGCAGCUUCUGGAGGCGUCCAAGUCCAGUCUAGAGAAGCUGAAGAGGGAGCUCCACGACAAAGGAAAGGAGCUGGCCCAGAGCAGAGAGGCAGCAUCCCGAGCCGAGAAGGAGCUAGUCGUCCUACGUGCCACAGCCCAGGAGAAGAGCAAGUCUGAGGAGAGCUGGAAGGAGCAGCUGUCACGCUGUGCCCAGGAAUCGGAGCGCCAGGCCAGCAUCAUCAGCAGCAUGGAGAAGGAGACCUCCAUCAUGCAAAGGCAGCAGCUGGAGAAGGAGGGGGAGAUCAAGGACCUGAGGCGGCUGGCCCUGGCUGAGUCCGAGAAGAGCAAGAAGCUGGAGGAGAGGCUGCGGAUCCUGCAGUCGGAAAUGGCCACCGCCGCUUCCCGGGCAGCUGAGAGGUGCUCCACCAUGAAAGCCGAAGCGCAGAGCUCCCAGGAGCAGGCCGAGAAGCUUCGGGUGUCGGUGGAGGCCCUGAAGAAGGAGCAGAGCGCUGCCUCCAGGCGGCAGGAGGACCUCUGCAAGGAGCUUAAGUCCUGGCAGGAGAAGGCCUUCCAGAAGGAGCAGCAGCUCUCCGCCCAGCAGCAGGAGUUUGCAGGGGCCCAGGCCCUGAUCGCAGAGCUGAUGCCCAUCAAGUGCCUCUACCAGCAGCUGCAGGCGGAGCAGGCCUCGCAGGAGAGCAAGCACCGCGAGAAGCUGGAGCAGAUGCAGAGCGCCGCCGGCCUCCUGCAGGCGGAGCUGGCCAGGGCCAAGCUGGAGCAGGCGGAGCUGCAGGCGGUGAAGGAGAGGCUCCUGGAGCGGGAGCGGGCCAUCCAGCAGCUGCAGGCGGAGAAGGCCAGCUACGCGGGGCAGCUGGCCGCCCUCCAGCAGGGCCAGACGCAGCUGGCCGAGGAGAACCGGGGGCUGCAGCACCUGCCGGCAGAGCUGGCCCAGGUCAAGAAGCAGCACGCGCGGGAGAUGGAGUUGGUCAGGCUCGACUCGGAGAAGCGGGUGACCGCCAUGAAGCGGGUGCUUGAGGACACCCAGAAGAAGUACGAGGAGAGCAAGCAGAGGCAGCUGGUGCAGGUAAGGCCUCACACGGGAUUCGGUUGCUUUUGGGGGUGGGGGUUGCCCAGGGGCUAGCCCUAGGCAGCUGCAUCUCCCCAACCCACCCUGUGGUUUCUUUGCCCUCUUGAAACAGGGUGGAGGGGGGGGCAAAGCUCAUCCUCUUUGUGCGCCCCCCCCCGCUUCAUCCCUACUCCCUUGCUUCACCUGGGGGCAGCCCUGCCUCUGGAGAUUAGGCAGAUGGAGUAAACGGUCUGGGAUCUGGCCUAGGUUUGCCUGCUGGACAGAAAAUGAUGGUGGCUCUUAAUGGUUUUCCAUGCUGCUUAGAAAUUCUGGUUCCAGUUCGCUUAAUGAAGGGGACAGCUCUGCAGGGCCACCCUUCAGCAAUGGAAGCAUCUCUCGCAGGAUUGAAUGAGGUUGCAAGACGCCUGAGGGUGGGGGCGCACCUUGCUGCAUUCUGUAUAGUGCAGUCCAGAUUGAGGGAAUGUGCAGAAGCAAGAUGUGGCCUGAAAGGCUCAGCAGACCUUAUUUGGCUCAUGGGGUGCAUCUUGAGCAAUGGGGACCCUCCUUCCAUCUCUAGCCCUCUAGAACAUGGGUAGGCAAACUAAGGCCCAGGGGCUGGAUGCAGCCCAGUCGUCUUCUAAAUCCGGCCCGUGGACGGUCUGGGAAUCAGCGUGUUUUUACAUGAGUUGAAUGUGUUCUUUUAUUUAAAAUGCAUCUCUGGGUUAUUUGUGGGGCAUAGGAAUUUGUUCACCCCACCCCUCCAAAAAAUAUAUAUAGUCCAGCCCCCCACAAGGUCUAGAACUUUGGGGUCUGCAGUAGUGCAAUAGUAGAUAUUUUCCCUGAAAGUUAAAGCAUGCAAGUUAACAAAGGGGGUGCUGCUGUCCAGGAGCCAUGUUUGCUUGAGAUGCUAUAUGUUAUCCUUGAAUGGGCUCCCUUUUGCUCCUGCAUGUACUCAGUGUUCUAGCAUUGCCCCUCCAGGUUCCACAAGUCUUCUCCUCUGAUUUAUAUACUGCCCUCUCAGCUCUGAGCCUCUGGGGAAGGGAUGAGCAACACGCCCUUGGUCUGGAUUGGGUUGGCCGUUGAGCUCCCACCCUUGCCACAAGUUGCCCCAGCUGCUUUUUGUGGUGUUUUCACGUCUGCCUUCAUUGCUUCCCCCUCCCACCCACCCCCCAAUCCUACAGGUGGAGCAGCUAGAGGUAUAUCAGAAAGAGCGAGCUAAUGCAUGCCAGGUAAUGCAUGCCAGGUGUCAGCUGCUUAAACGGUGACAGUGCAUGACGUAGCUGCUGCUGCUGCUGCUGCUUCCCCUCCAUCAUGGCUGCCAUCUCCUCUUGUGAACUGUUUGCAAUGGGGGCUUACGGAGGACAAGUAAUAAGGCCGCCGCCACCCUCGUUUGGGGGCUGUGUGGGAAAACAGGGCUUCACAAUACCUCUCUAAAACGCUGCACCUUAUGCCCAGAUGCCUCCUCACACAGGUCAGCAAAACUUUUGUUCUCUUACUUUGACAAAAAAAAAUUACUUGGCAAGAGCAGAAAGCACACAAAUCCUGUCCUUUGCACCAAAGGCAAGACUGUCCAUAGCUAUGUGGCAAGCCAAGGCUUGUAAAGGAAGUCGCGCCAGCAGGCAGCAAAGUCAGUCUACUUGGGAUUGUUGCCCUCCCAGCAGGUCUCCCAGUAAUAGUCAUAUGAGGGCUUGCUGCACACCCACACACCGUUUUUUGUUGCCCUCCCCUUUAAAGAUCUCCUUAGUGCCUCUUUUUCUGAUAGCACCGCAGUACAGCACCACAUGCAUCCUCUUGCGCCCUCUCAUCCCAACACCUGGGAAGCCUUGGGAGCAGCUUGGGGCAUACCAAUUACUUGCCCUGUAGAAUUUCCCACUUCUCUUUGUAACUCCUGGUGGAGCAACCUGCUGGAAGAGGCCAAUGGCCCAUCUAGUCCACCAUCCUGUUCCCAGUGUGGCCAAGCAGGUGCCCAAAAGGGAAACCCCCUCACAGGAUUUGAGCACAAGAGCAACUCUCCCCUCCUGCAGUUUCCAGCAACUGGGAGCCAGAAGUGCUGCUGCCUCCAGCUGUGGAGGCAGAGCAUAGCCACCAGGGGCUAGUAGCCAUGGGGAACUUUUUCUCCUCCAUGAAUUUAUCUGAUCCUUGUUCAAAGCUAUCUAGGUUGGUGGCCAUGACUGCUUCCUGGGGGAGUGAGUCUCAUUAUUUAGCUAUGUGCUGGGCGACGGGGUGAGCUCCUGUUGCUGUAUCCCAGCUCCUGCCAACCUAGCAGCUCGAAAGCACACCAGUGCAAGUAGAUAAAUAGGUACCACUGCGUCGGGAAGGUAAACGGUAUUUCUGUGCGCUCUAGCUUCUGCCACCGUGUCCCAUUAUGCCAGAAGUGGUUUAGUCCUGCUGGCCACAUGAUCCGGAAAGCUGUCUGUGGACAAAUGCCGGCUCCCUCGGCCUGAAAGUGAGAUGAGAGCCGCAACCCCAUAGUCACCUUUGACUGGUCUUAACCAUCCAGGGGUUCUUUACCCACCUUUACCUGCAUCUGGCGCACUUUCUCCAGUUCUGGGCACCACUUUUUAAGACUCGACUGCGCCAAGAGGGGAGUAGCCAUAUGAAGCCAGAGGUGCCCUAUGCCUUGAGCAGCAGAGAGUAGGACUUGAUGAUCUCCGAGGUCCUUUCCCGCUCCAGCUGCUGCAUCUUUUGGCAUUCUCUCUUCCCCAUCUCCUUCCUAUAUUUUCCUUCAGUAUAGGAGAGAAUCUCUGUGAAUGAUACUGCUCUCGGGAGGGGAGACCUUGAGCUCCAGGCAGAGUGCAGGGUCUGCAACGCAGGGGGGCCAGCCCUCUAACCUUUAGGGUUACCAGGAGCUAAAAGCACCACCACCUCUCUUAGCCAUCUGCAAGUAUGGUUGCACCUGAAGACAAGUCCACCCCCUCACCCCUGUGUUUUAAAGCCCUUCAUUAAGAGCAAACCAGCUUAAACUAGAAUCCCCUGAAACGGCCCCCUCCACUUCAGAAACCCUCUUGGAUUCUAACCUUCAAUGUUUCCGUGGAUCCCUGAUGCUCCCUUACCCCCAAGUGCACGAGAGGCAAACAGUUGGCAAUGGAGACCCUGCUUUGGGGUUGCUGGGGAGACCUGGAGGUGGGAAAUGCAGGAUGGUGGGUGUGGCUAAUUAACUUCUGGCAUCACUUUCAUCGCAUGUCAGAGCAUCUGCUUGCAGCACACCCCAGCUCUUCUGCUUGUAGAGAGCUGCUCUUCCUGGGAAGCUGCUAACCCCCAUGCAUCAUUUCUGCUCUGAAGCCCACUGACCCAACCCUGCAGCUGGAAUGCGGUGUUUGCGCAGCAUAGACGUGUCGGUGGAGGGUUGGAGGCACGCUCUCCGCUGCUGCUUCCAGGAAGCUUUUGCAGGGGCAGAAUGUUUAGGACAGGGGCUCCAGUGAUACCGAUGCUUCCUGGGUGGAAGGGAACCUGUCAGAGGGUAUGCCUGGAAUGUGCUUCCAGGCAUAGAGGACUCUGGCCUGCUGCAUGCAGUUCUUUCUGUGUUCCUGUAGUAACUCUUGAGGGUCUGUGGCAUUUGACAGAAUUCAGACACUGGCAUCAUGGUUGCAAAAAGAAGCUUGAAAAAGGUGUGUAGUUCUGGGGGAAAUGCCCUUAGUCUCAGGGAGGCUGAGCAGUGCUUGCAUUGAAUUGGGGCCCCACAGCUGUUUUCCUCCUAGCAAUCGGAGUCGUUAUCCAAAAACACAUUCAGUGACCUAUUAGUGUUGCUUUUACCAGGUGCAGAACUUGGCCCUCCCCCCUCUUUCUUUCUUUCGCACGGGGCUUGACUUACUAGAGGAGUGUUUGAUGCUAAAGGGGCCAAGCUGAGUAACAUAGACAGCGCCAGAUUCCUCCUUCCAACCCCCAAACUGGGUAAAGUGCUCAGUCCUAAACUGUGACUCUCUGAUGCCGUGCUCAUAGAAUCAUAGACCCCAAAGGGUCAUCUAGUUCAGUCUGCUGCAAUGCAGGAGUCACAGCUUUUGGUAAAAGGGGGAGACUUCCUUGGCCUCCUGCCAGCCAGUCCUUUUCUAGGCAUGGCUGUUCCAGUACACCAGGUUUAGGAGGGGGACAGAGAUUGCGGAAUGGGGUGCAGAGCCUCAAAGAGCCAGGAGGGAGUGGCUGAACAGUGCUUUGAGCAGGAGGGGGAGGGGUUGGAAUAACUAUUCUCUCUCUCUUCCCCCCCCCUUUCCUUUCUAGCUGGAGGAGCUGAAGCAGAAGUAUGCUCAGCAGGAGAAGGUCACUCAAGCCCAGCAGCAGAGAGCCCAGGUGAGUUUCCAGGGAUGGAGCCUGGAGAGAGUUCUCCUAGUGCAGAGGUUCCCAAGCUUUUGGGGGGCGCUGUCCCAUUGGCUUCUUAAUUCAUCCCCAGAUCCCCACCCUACCCUAAAAAAAGCAUUCAGAAUAGUGGUUUGCAUGACCCACUGGUCUAAUCCCCUGCAAUCGAGGGCAAGGGGAAUCAGGGAAGAUAAUAACAAGAAAUGUGAAGCAGUAACAAUUAAUUGCCCUUUCCCCAAAAUCCAAUUAAAGCUAUUUAGUUUUCACCGAUGCCAGCUUUUCAAAGACAAGGGGUGGAAAGGACCCUUGUAAGUCUACUGAGCAACCUCACUCAGCUGGUGCAAGAGUCAUGGGGAAGAAAGAAAACAAUUUCCCUCUCUGGCACUAUAAGGGAAUAUCUGGGUCUCUCCUUAACAGGUGCAUGAAGAAGAGCUUAAGCACCAGAAUGAGAAGAUCUUGGAUCUCCAGUCUCAGGUGGCCCAGAAGGAACAAGCUGCUGAACAUUAUAAGACACAGGUAGAAAAAGGGGAGCUGUCUCCCUCUGGGGCAGAAGUGAGGGGUGGGAGGGGAGAGAACCACCACCCUGGCUUCUACCCUGUAUUAAACAGUCACAGUUAAGGCAAGUACUAAGAAAAGAAGUUCUGCCAUUAUAGGCCUCAAAAUUCCAUAGCUUACAAAAAUGGCAGCUGUUGAGCUAACAGACUGGCAUAUAAGACCUGCAUGAUGAGGUUUGCAAAUGUGGGUGUGUGGAGGGUAAGUACACUUUGUGACGUUGCACAACGACAUGGCUGAGCAAGGGUCUCUUACGGAAGCACCAGCCUUGGCUUCCGGUGUCCCGGCUUUGCGGGAAAUUGCCUCAAGUCUGGUCUUAAACCGGCAGGUGUUGUGCUUGACGGUUGCCUCACUUUUCCUCGCCCCUCAGAUGGAGAAGGCCAAGACCCACUACGACGCAAAGAAGCAACAAAACCAGGAGCUGCUUGAGAGGCUGGGAGUCCUGGAGGAGGUGGAGAGGGAGAACGCGGAGCUGAAGGCCAAAUCGGAACGCCUUAUGAAGGAGCAGCAGGAUUUGGUGAGGCAGAUGCAGGAGGCCCAGCUCACCUCCAAGAACCUCUGCAGCCUCGAGGCACAGGUAGGGCUGAGGGGCGGUGGCUGAGGAGGCAGGGUGCGUGUCCACGGCAGGGCCCAGUCAUUUCCGUUCCAGGCCCUGCCCACCCAUCUGUGCAUUUCCUCUUGCAAGAAGGAUCUGUGGGGUCCCCAGGGUUUUCUGUACCCCAGGGAUGGGGAACAUGUGGCCCUUGCAGGUGUUGCUGGGCUCCAGCUCCCUCCUGCUCUAGCCAGGAAGCCAAGGGACCAGGGGUGAUGGGCGCUGGAGUCCAGAAACCUCUGGAGAGCCAUGGGUUCCCGUGCUUAGUAUAUAUAGCAACAUAUUUACCUGCAGCUGAAGUGAGGUGGACUUGGCCCAGUUCUUACGUAGAUGCAUGCAAAGAAACAUUUAAUUAGCCAUUUUGGUUCUAGCGGGUCUCUUGACUUCCUUGGUGCGCGGCUUGCUCGUGGCACCCUGCCCCUUACCGUUAACCAACCCAAACGCAGGUGGAGUUUGCAGAUCGCCAGCUGCGAGAGCAGGGCAAGUUCCAGCUGGCCACAGAUUCAUUAAAAAGCCGCAUCACCUUCCAGGAAAGCCCAGCCGACGUCAGCACAGACAGCCUGGACAUGAGCACCAGCGAUGAAGCACAGCCGCUCAACUCCACCAGGUACUGGCCCUCAGCUUAGAAGGCAAGCAGGUGGCUGCAGCGCAGCAGCUCAGCUUCCGUGCCAGAUUUCUCUCCUCCUCCUCCUCCUUCUUAGCUCUUUGAUCGGCCAUAGAGCAGAGACUUCCCACCCUUGCAGCUCUAGGACCAAAUGCAUGUUUCCCCAAGGGUGGCCACUCGCAGGGUCCUUCAUUUGGCAGGCCUGACAGUGAAGCAACUUUGGAGACAUGGGGCGUUGUUGUUGUUGUUAAUUUUAUACGCCACCCAACUGACUGGGUUGCCCCAGUCACUUUGGGCUGCUUCCAACAUAUUAAGACAUCAAACACAGUAGUAAAACACCAGACAUUAAACAUUUCUAAAAGUCAGAUAGUUGUUUAUUUCCUUAACAUCUCAUGAAGGGAGGGCAUUCCACAGGGUGGGUGCCACUACCGAGAAAGCCCUCGGCCUGGUUCCCUGUAACUUCACUUCUCUCGGUGAGGGAACCACCAGAAGGCCCUCAGAGGAGGACCUCAGUGUCCAGGCUGAAUGUUGGGGGUGGAGAUGCUCCUUCAGGUAUACUGCGCUGAGGUCAUUUAGGGCUUUAAAGGUCAGCACCAACACUUUGAAUUGUAUUGUGAAGACUUCUCAGCUUCCUUGUUCCUGGGAAUGUGAAGAGAGGGUUCUGUGGUUGUGGCCUCCCUGCCAGUUUCAUGACCCCCCCCCCCAUCUCUCUUCACAGCAGGAGGUCUCGCCGUUCCACCUCCGAAUCUGGGACAGCAGAGCCGUCCAAGGCUUCCCACCGGCUGCCUCGGAAGGUGGAGUCUCUGGAGAGCCUCUAUUUCACGCCCAUCCCCACGCGCACGAGGUCCAAACUGGAGAACAGCGUGAACUCCACGGGCGACGUUUCCUUUGAGUCGGGGCGGAAAACACUCUCUGGCCGCCGGCGCACCACACAGGUCAUCAACAUCACCAUGAUCAAAGUAAUGUGGGGGCCACCUAGGGAUGGGAGCCAAGGUGUGGUGAUGGUGGCUGUGGAGAUAGGUGGCGUCCAGGGCUGCUCAAAUGUGCUUCCUCCGUAGCCAGGUCCGUCAGACACUUUCAGCAGCCUGCUUCCCUGGGUGUGGGGACGAGCAGGCGACCCCUGUUGUUAGAGGUGGAUUCAGGAGAGACGGGAGCUGCCCUCUUGAGGUGGUUUACUAGGAACAAGGAGUGAUGAAUCUGAGUUGGCAGAUGGUUCAAGGAUUUGGAAGAGCUCCAAGACAAGCUCUCCAAGUGGGGUAAACGGGCAGUAAAGCGGCAAAUGCACUUCCGUGUAACCGAGUGUAAACUGAUGUAUGUCAAGGCCAAAAACACGAGCUUCACCUACGCUCUCGUGGGGUCUGAGUUGACAGCGGUCAUGAACGAGACCUUGGGGUCAUAGUGGACCACCCAGUAUGUGGCAGUUGGGAAUUGCUAGGGAUCAAUAGGAAAGGAAUUUGAAAUAAAACUGCCGGUGCCAUAAUGCCAUUAUACAAACCUGUGGUGCAACCUCAUUUGGGAUGCUGUGUACAGUUCCGGUGGCCUUUCCUCAGAAAGGAUAUUGUAGAGCCGGAAAAGGUUCAGAAAAGUGCAACAAAAAUAAUCUAGGGUUUGGAGCAACUCUCGAGUGAAGAAAGAAUGCAGUAUUUGGUGCUUGUUAGUUUACAGGAAAGCCGAGUAAGGGAUAGGGGAAGACAGGGCAGAGGCGUCUAAUAUUCUGUCUGGUGUGAUGGAGGUGGAGAAGAGCAGCUUAGCGGGUGGGGGCAGAGUUAAGCAGCACCAGCAGCCAUUCUUUGUGCUCACCCUCCUCCUCUUCCUCCUCCUUGUGCUUCUACACAGAAACACGCUGAGCCGGAAACUCCCCAGAGUGCUGAUGCCUCUUUCCUCAGCAUGCAGUCCGCUGCGUCUCAGAGCAGCAGCUCGAGCCAAGAGCCGGUCAAGACGCGCCUGCGUUCCUCAUCUGCUUCCUCCACCCGCUCCCUCGCCAGCCUCCCCUCUCAGGAAUCCCUCACCAGGCUGGGCACCUCUUCCCCCAACAACACGGCGUUGAUGAGCCUGCCCGGCUAUCGGCCUGCCACCCGCAGCUCCAUGAGACGCUCCCAGGCUGGAGGGGCCACUUCUGGUGAGUGCUGGGGUUGCAGCGGCAGGACUGGGGCAGCCUUCAACAUGGUGGGCCCCUCUAGACGACGUCCUGGACUACAACUCCUGACCACCCCAGCCGAGCAUGGCUGGAUGAUGCUGGGGCCAUCGGGAGUCAUAGUCCAAAGCAUCUUGAGGAGCAGAAGAAGCUGGGCAAAGGCUGUUCUGGAGCUUCGCCCUCUGUGCCAGUCAGCAGAGUACAGUAAUUGCUCUGGUGAAUCUCAGAGGAGUCCAGUGAGCUCAGUGAUCUACACAGAAUCAGCGAAUAUGUUUGAAGGGAUGCCAAGGGUCUUCUAGUCCACCCCCUGCACAGCAGGAAUCACAGCUAAAGAGUCCCACCUCUGUUUAUGAGCCUCCAACAAGGAGAGCCCACCACCUUCCGAGGGGGUCUGUUCCAUGGACAGACAACUCCUGCCCUCAGAAUAAUAAUAAUAUAAUAAUAGUAAUAAUGAUAAUAUUAAUAAUUUAUUACUUAUACCCUGCCCAUCUGGCUGAGUCUCCCCAGCUUCCAACAGGAGUUUAAAAAUACAUUAAAACAUCAGUCAUUAAAAGAAAACUUCCCUAAACAGGGCUGCCUUCAGAAGUUUUUCCUGCUGGCUACAUUUAUUCUCUCUGCCCACCACUAUUAGUUCACCAUGCCUGACAGUCAGUGGCAUAAUAAUAAUAAUAAUAAUAAUAAUAAUAAUAAUAGCAGUUUUAUUGUUUAUACCCAUCUACUCUGGGCAGCUUCCAACUCAUAUAAAAACAUAAUAAAAUGUAAAAGAUUUUAAAAGAUAUCCAGGUGUGUGUCAGAAGAGCCGUCUGUGUGUGUGUGUGUGUGUGUGAGAGAGAGAGAGAGAGAGAGAAAGAGAGAGAGAGGUGAUGACCUGUCCCCUUGUGCAUUUCUUAGCUUUUCCUUGCUGCUUUGCUCCUUGGUGUGAGUCUUCCAGAGUGAGACUUCCUCCCCCGGAGCCUGUUGGCAGACUGCCUGCUCCAUGACUGUUUGUGGCCGGUGAUGGCAUGAAUGUGAAGGUGGCACUGCUUGGCUCCUCCCUUCUAAAAAGCAUCUCGUAGACAGCCCUCGCAAGGCCUGGAAUGGCCAUGCAUAGAACAGCCAGCAGAGGUGGGACACGGGAGAGCCAGGAUGGAUAAAAGGAAGGGCUUCUUCACGCAGUGCAUAAUUGAUCUGUGGAACUCACUUCUGUAGGAGGCAGUGGGAGCUACCAACUAGAACAACUUAAAAUAAGAUUGGACACAUUCACGGAGAAGGGUUGUCAGUGGCCCUGCUCUCCCUCCACAAUUAGGGAAAGCAAGGCUUCCGAAUGCCAGUUGCCUGUACCAGCAGGGUUCUUCCGAAUGUUCUUUUGCAGUUGAGAAAGGCUGGCUCAGUUACCUGUGCAGGGGUGCUCUGUUUUGCCCUCUUUCCUCUUCGUGCCCAUGGAGUGGGUAGGGGCAGAGGAAUCUCUUUGCAACCUCCUUCCUUGAUUGGGAUCACUGUUGUCGAUUAUCUUGUGGAGAGCCACUUGGGGUGCCUCCCUUCUGUGUGGCUGGUGGUGCAACCUAGGAAGUAAGCAGCCGACACCCUCCCCUGUCGCUCCCCCCCCUCAGGGCGCAGCAGCUUCUACAUGGGCACCUGCCAGGAGGAGCCAGAAGUGCUUGAUGACUGGAGCCGCAUUGCUGAGCUCCAGCAGCGCAACAGGAUCUGCCCACCUCACCUGAAGACCUGCUACCCCCUGGAGUCUCGGGUGAGUGUCGCCAAAGGGCCAGCUAGUCCUGACUCCCACAGCAGCUAGCGAUAUGUUUUCAAGGCCAGGGAGGGCAGGGGGUGGGGAUGCGAUGCCUGCUCCUGCUGCUGAUUUAGUCAACGCCUGGAGAAUUCUGUGAACGGAAAAUUGGAUUCUGCAACGGAGAUCAAGUUAGUGGGUUGGAUUCCCCCCCCCCAAAAAAAAAACAUGGCCCUUUGAGGGCUAGUACAUAUUUAUGUGAAUAUAUGGGGGAGGGGAGGAGGGGUUUGGGAAGAGUGUGAAAGGGGUGCAUAGACAGGGUUGGUGAUCGGAGCAAGCAGGGGUGCCAGUCCCUCGUAUGUGCAUGUAAAUCCUGCUCAGUCCUGGUCAAUAGACACCUGGGGAGCUUCCUCCCCUGUGCGUUUUGGGGGCUGUUCCACUUUUGCAGUAGGUUCAGUGCACACAAAGAGCCUCUGUCUGAUGACCGCACUGCUCCUCUUCCUCACCUGCCAGCCAUCCCUGUCACUGGCCACCAUCACAGAUGAGGAUAUGAAGACGGGGGACCCCAGAGAGACCCUCCGCCGUGCCAGCAUGCUGCCCUCCCAGGUUUCCGAGGGCCCAGCCACCCGUCGCAGCACCCUGAGCUCCGCGGUGGCCGCAGGGGGCAUUGCCACUCGGCAGCAGAGGAAGCGCAUUUCAGAUGAAUCCCACCAGGCUGCAGGGACCCCCGAGGUGAGUGGCAGUAGCUCUGUGGCACAUUCAGCUGGCCUGAACCCCUUUCAAGCUGGGCGGGGUGGGGAUAUGGGGGAGGGUUAUUAUGGGAGUAUCGGGUAUGCCCAGGGUGUAAUGGGGCAAGUUUGCCUGUGUCUUCUAGGGCAGGUGCUGGUGGGGUCCAGGGACCCUUCAGUCCCUCUGGGAUUGCAGCUCCCAUCAUCCCUGAGCGUUGGGUGUGGCUGGCUGUGGUCGCUGGGAGUUGCAGUCCAGCGACAUCUCCUGCUCCCCAUUUCUCAGCUGCCCACCUUGGCGGGGAGAUGAAAGGCACCGUUGUCUUUUGCUCAGUCGCAUCAGGCCCCAACUAAUCUCUCUUCCACACACCCCUUUUCUCCGUUCAGUCCAAGAAAUCUGCCAGCUGCUUCCCACGGCCCCAGACUCCCAAACUGCGGAGCGAGGAGCACAAGCACAGCACCCAUGCGGGAAGCAAGAAGGACAAAGCCCAGGCAGCCAACAAGCAGGUAAGGGAGCCUCGGAGCCUCUUGCUCUUCCAUCGGGCUGGCAGAGCAGGGCGCAGGGAGCCUCUGAGGCUGCGGCAUUGCUGAAGCAGAGCAGGCUGCGAGACCACCCCUACUCAGGCAGGGAAGUUUUUAAACAAAGGUUGGAUGGCCACCUGUCAGGGAUUCUUUAGCUGUGAUUCCUGCGUUGCAGGAGCUUGGGGUCCUUCGAGCUUUACAGUUCUAUGGUUCUACAAAGUAUGAUCUCUCCUUUCUGCCUAUCUAUACACAAACACCAGACUACCACAUAGCACAAAUUCAAUCUCUCCCUAGCUUCAGACGUGGGCCUGGUGCUUCUCUGCAGUGAUUAUAAUAACCGGGGUGGGGGGGUGGAGGAGGGGGUAUACCAAGGAAUGCGAACUCUUCUCUUGAGUUCCCUUGCCGUGGGGAUGAGAGAGCACAGAAGUGCUGCUGAGGUCUCCUGAUUGUCCUGACUCCUUCCCCUUUCCCUGCAGCCCAACAGGCGCCAGUCGAUGGCCUUCAGCAUUCUGAACACUCCGAAGAAGCUGGGCAACAGCCUCCUGCGCCGGGGGCCCAACCGCAAAGUGACUCCCAAAAGCUCCCCCCGGAGCAGCAGCCGGAAAUCCCCGAGGGCAGCGUCAUCACCUAAGGGCAAGGUAGGAGGGAGAAGGGGGCUCCCCACGAGUCUUUCACUCCCAGCAUCCCCUUGGAGCAAGCAUGGGCGGGAGAGAGAUUUUGCCCGGAAUGUGAGCCUGCAUUUUAGUGUAUUUAGAUAUAUAUUCUGGUGGAGCUAAUAGAGAGAGAAGAGGGCUGGGGAAAGCCAUGGGUCUGGGACUCCUUGGAGCACAGAAGGCGGUUUGCCAGCAAAGGAACAACAGAAGAGGCUGCUGGAUCAGGCCAGUGGCCCAUCUAGUCCACCAUCCUCUUCUCACAGGCUGACCAGAUGCCUGUGGGAGUCGAGCAAGGGCCGGGUCCAUUGCUCAGUCGUAGGGUCGGGCACCCCCACCUGCCAGGCCUGACUCCCCAUCCUUUUGCUCCUUCAGGUCUCAUGGGCUGCCAGAGCAGGCUGGCCUCUCCUUGUGCAGUGCGACCAGGCCUGUAUGGAACCUCUUCUGGCUGGGUCACACCAGGGGCAGCACGGACCUCUCCUUGGGCUGCCAUCCCCUCCCCUCCCACUAGUGGUGUGUGGUUUCUGGGUUUUGCAGCACCUGUCCUGGGUGUGGGACUCUGCCCUUGCCCGAGGGGCCAACUUCACCUGCUGUCUUCUUCCUGAUUUGCUGCCAUGCAGAAGAAUGAUGAGAGCCGCUUGUCGUUCUCAUAAGACUGCAGAGUUCAGCUUGGGUUUAUCAAAUCUGCGGGGCGGGGCGGGGAAUGAAGCCGCAGCGCUCCAUCUUUUUUGUCCUCCUCUCUGGCUUCCGAUUAAGAGGUGUGGCAAAGCAAGGCAGCUUCCUCAGGCAGCGGACUUUGGUGCCCUUGAAGGUGGCACGCUGGGAGGAGCAUUGUCCCCAUGGGGCACUAAGCAUGGCUCAAACCAGCAGGAGAGCAGUGGAGAUGGCACGAGAGCUCUGCCCACAGCUGCCCUUCAUUCGGUGGGGCUUUUACAGGAGAAAAUCCCGGAGGAUUGUCGAAACAGUGGGGUGGGGGUCCCAACUAGAUCCUUCUGCCUUUUGAGCUUCUAAAAUCCCAGCAGGAGCCAUUGAGCCCACCCAACUCCUGUCUUCUUUUUCCCUUCCUUUAGGCGAACUCCAGGUCCACGAGGAACACCAAGUUCUAACACCGUUUUUCCUGGCCGAAAACUCCCCUGCCUGCCGCAUCUCUCCAGAAGGAAGGGAGCCAGGUGCCAAGGCCCCCCAGUCUCUGCUACCAGCUGAGCCGCCAGCAGCCUUCCUCCCCCUCCUCGUAUUCCCUCCCAGCUCUGACGUGGCCUGAGACCCCAGCCUUCUGGUCAGGAUGCCAACUGGUGCACGGACUCUUCCCCCGCCCCCUGGUUUCCACGUGAUGGUGGGUGGUGAGCCUCCUUGGCUGAGAGAUUUGGGGGGGCGGCUUUCCCCUCUGUGAUGAUGGCAGCCGUGUGUGCGUGUCGAGGGGGACGGGACAGUCUCCAAACCAUUCCAGGGUCUGGCCCUUAAUACCAGCCACUGUUCCAUCAGGCAGGAAUCGGGAGUCCUUGGCAAAGGAGGACUAGGCUGGCAGUAUUUUACGCUCCCAGGGAGGCAGUGUCAUAAUGUUGACCACCUUUGCCAAUGCAACACCCCCUCCUUAAGCACCCAGAGUGGCACCUCCUAUUGAGAAGCUAGGUCCCCCUCUCCUGACACCCCCCCCAACGAAUGCUCCCUCCCUUUCACACUGAGUAAGGACGGGCUCUCUCUGCUUGCCUCAUUGGCGCAGUGAACAGCCCAAGGCACCGAAGUCGGAGAUGUUUUCUCCACCCGGCUCUCCUUUCCACUCACAAGGCGACCCUCUUCCCAGCCUCCUUGGUUCUUAAAAAAAAAAACAACAGUUGUAAAGCAAGGGCCAACAGACUAGAGAAUUGGGGUGGGAAGCUUCUGUCAGACGUUGAGGACUAGUCGCUUACUCAUUACCAGAAGCAGUGGGGGGAAACACAUUUCUCUCCUGUGGAAAACUUUGCCCUGCUUGUCAUAGAGUCAUGUGCCUGCUUCCUGGUGAUGUGAGAAAUCCUUUGGGAGCUGGGGUGGCUUUUGUGCAAGGGGGUGUUAAAAAAUAAACCCCUUGAGCCUGGCAACAGGAGGAAUCAUUCCCUGGAGGAGGUGGGAGCACCAGCUGCCUGAAGGGCCCCUCGCUGGUGGCUGGGCUGCAGGAGGAGGAGGAGGAGAAAGCUCCAUUAUGUACAGGCUGUGCAUUCUCACCCUCCCCUUAUUCCGCAGGCUUUACUUAGCUGUGUUGCUUUGUAUUGUACUCUGUAGGCACUGGCAUGGAGUGGGGCAGGGGGGAGGCCUCACUGCAGUGUCCCUCCUGAAAAGGGGGCGGAGGGAUGCGUGGCUGUGCCGGGGCAGCAGUGGGGCCGGUGCCCAUGCCUGAAUCUUGGGCACAAUCCGGCCGGAGCUUUUCCUGCAGAUGCUCCAUCAGAGUGCACAGGAGCUGUGCAAAGGCCCCCGCUUCGGCUCCCUUCCGUGGGCAAGCGUCCCACAGCAGGGCUUGGCCCUCAGGAGAGCCUCGCUGGAUCUCCCUGGUGAGCUGUUUCCUGGACUGGGGGGCGGACACUGCCUGAGGCUGCCCCCACCGCCGCCACUCGCAGCCCUCUAAUACUCGCCUUUGUAGAGAAAUUAGCAAUCAAAUGUGUCAUUUUAAAUAAUGUUUCUACUUGUAAAUAAAUGGUAUUUUUCUCCCAAAAAA